GGGCGGCGUUUCCGGGUGCCGAGCCAGACGCUCUCGGGCGGCCCGGCAGCAUGAGCGGCUCCGAGGCGGCGAGGCAGCUGGAGCUGCUCGGCGGCCUCAAAGACCAAGGUAAGCCGCGCAGGACGAGGGCGAGGACUGGGGGGCCCACUGCACCGGCCGGCCGCUCCUCCUGCAGCGCCUGGGCGCGAAGCCGCAAGAGGCUCGGGGAGCGGCUGGCGCGCCGCUGCCAAAACAAAAAGCACCCGGGCGCCCUGAGCGGCGCUUUGGCCGCCCGCCUAGCGAGGACCCCCUCUGUGGGCGGAAGGUCGCGCCGCGCUGCGCUGCCCUGGACCAGGGACGCCCCGCCGCCCAGUGUCAAAGGCAGCAGCCAGACGGCGAGACGCAGGGUGGCGGGGGCGAGGGGAGGGGACGCCGCACGGGCGCGCGCGCUCCUCGCUCGUGCGCUCCGGCAACCGAAUCCGCCCCGCAUUGGAGCUGGUAGGGAAAUGGGUCCCCCUCCGCGGGGAAGCGCUUGCUAAUAGGGCUGGCGUCUCUGAACCCCGAGGCCUGGAGGCAGCUCUUCCACCCGCUCCUUACACACACACACACCCCAACCGGAUUCGGAAGAUUUCCCGUUUGCCUCCUUGUUUCUCCCUGCAGGAAAAUGUUGGCAAUCCCCUCUCCUCGGUUGCCGGGUAAAUCGGGCGGGUUUGAUUAUUUAAUCGGCUUGCGCCACCUCCUCCCAUCGGCUGCAAAGGCUUAUUGUUUUCUUAUCCACCUGGCGCUGGAAGAGGAAAAGACGAUUUGAGGGUUUGGGCGCAAGGGGUGAUGAAAUCCGUGGCACGUGCCUGGCUUUGUACGUCCCCUCCCCCUUACGAAAGAGCCUUAUUCCCCAAAGUGAAACAAUCCCUUUUUCCCAGUUGGAAGGGUUCCAAGAAAACAACGUUCGCCUGGUGUUUUUACGUUCCCCGCAGCAAAGCGCAAAAUGAUUCAGACUAGGGAGUCUCCCCACUAAUUGAGCAGAGAGCUGAUGCUCAUAUAGGAAGGCAACUUUUAAAUACAUGCCUGCUGGUGGUUAAAAUUUAACUAAAGGAAGCAUGGAGUAGUGGUUAUAGUACUAGGCUAAGAUUAGGGAAUCCCAAAUUUCUAAAUCCCCAUUCAGUGAUGAAACUCAUGGGGUGGCUGAAUGCCAGCUAAUGCUCUUGCUGCAUGAGCUACCUCACAGGGUAGUUGUGAGAAUAAAAGAAGGGAACUGCACAUGGGCGUAGCCAGGAUUUUUGUUGGGGGGGGCAGGCCUUUUUUCUGGCAGGCCAGAACCUCAGUUUGCUAUGUAUUUUUAUUGAUUUAGGGGAGCAGCUGCCCCUCCCUGCCCCCCUUGGCUAUGCCCAUAGAACUAUAUGAGGUCCUUGGAGAAAGGGGAAGGUUUAAAAUAUAUAUCAUCUAGUAGAAUUGGGUGGUGGUCAGCUUGCAUCCCUGCUUCUUCCAUCUAUUCUUCCAUUGCCUAUUCAGGCAGUGUCAGCUCUCGUUUUCAGCUUGUUUUAAACUUCAAGCCAUGUUACCAGCCUCCUGUCAGUUCUGUGCAUGCUGAUGGCACACCCUGGGCAGCUUGUGGCAUCUGAAGGUUUUCGGUGUUGGCAUUUGACCUCAUAGGGAGUCAGACUGUUGGCCCAUCUAGUUCAGUAUUGACUACUGUGGUUGACAGCAGCUCUCCAAGGUUGCAGACAUUUAAAAUCACACAAUUUUAUAUUUUGUGUAGAGCGAAGUUUUACCUGCUGUCACAUUUCCUACUGCCCUCCCCCUUCUGCUGUCCAUGCAUCUGGGGAAAGUUUGAAAAGGGAAGCCGUGCAUGUCUACAGAAUGGUCAUUCAGAACAUGGUUGCAAAUCAUGAGGCGAAAGAGCAGGCUUGCCUUUUCAGGCAUUCCCCAGUGUACGGAUAUCACAAGGUGAGGCUCGCAGGGCAUAUGUGGGUGCCUGCUCUCCCACUCAAUGCAGUGAUAAUAGAAUGUGUGAACAGAGUUACUGUUCUAGGCCAAAUUGACGUCACAGGUUUGAAAUACAGUGGUACCUCUUGUUACGAACUUAAUUUGUUCUGGAGGUCCGUUCUUAACCUGAAACUGUUCUUAACCUGAGGUAGCACUUUAGCGAAUGGGGCCUCCUGCUGCUGCCGCUGCCACCGCCCGUCUAUUCUCAUCCUGAGGUAGAGUUCUUAACCCGAGGUACUACUUCUGGGUUAGCGGAGUCUGUAACCCAAAGUGUUUGCAACCUGAGGUACCACUGUACUAUGAUACCACUUUGAACAGUCAGGAUUUCCCACAAAGAGUUAUGGGAGCUACAGUUUGUUAAGGAGAGCCCUCUUCCUCUCAUGGAACAACCGUUCUCAGAAUUCUACGGGAAGAGGGAUUGUUAAACCACUCUGGAAUUGUAGUUCUGGGAGGGCAGGAGGAGCCUGCUAACAACAGCUCUCACAAUUCUUUGAGGGAAGCCAUGAAUGUUUAAGGUGGCAUCAUAAUGUGUCAAAUGAAUAGUGUGAAUGUGGCCCUAAGGUACAGUGGUACCUCUGGUUACAAACUUAAUUCGUUCCAGAGGGCUGUUCUUAACCUGAAACUGUUCUUAACCUGAGGUACCAAUUUAGCCAAUGGGGCCUCCCACCGCCGCUGCACUGCUACCGCACAAUUUCUGUUCUUAUCCUGUGGCAAAGUUCUUAACCCGAGGUACUACUUCCAGGUUAGCGGAGUCUGUAAUCCGAAGUGUUUGUAACCCGAGGUACCACUGUAUAGGGAGUGGCAGGAAAACAUUAUCAAACACUUGCUGCAUUACAGUAUUUUACACUUACCAGAGAAUCUCAGUUGAGGAAAUCAUAACCAGGAUAGAAUAUGGAAAACCUACCCUCCCUUUAAACUUUGGAGUCAUCCAAUGUCCCCUCCAGCCAUUAUCACAUAUUUUUACAUGUUCACACAUCAGCUGCCCACAUUUACUGCUGACAUGCAAUCCCUGAAUAUUGGUUUUUCCACUUUUAUAUUUUUUUUAAAGACAGUUGUGAAUAUAGAAGUAGCCAAGUAUCUAGCCGCCUUUUGUGUGCUGGAUACUUCUGACUGUUGUUUUUGACUGGAUACUUCUGACUAUUAGAGUUUAGUUCCCAGGUCCUUUUUAUUUCAGGGAGAUGGAGGAUGCGAGUCAUAAAUUCAUGGAGAAUAAAUUAAUGGUUGAUAGAAGAUAAACCACAGGCUAUUUGUCUCAAUGACUAUUUGGAACGUUCAUGUUCAGAGACAGUAUGUCACUGGCAUACCAUGAAUGAGCAGCACGCUGGUGGUAAAUAAACCAGGAAACCUUGACUUUCUAUUGCAUAUGAACCAUGGUUUGUUGCUUCCUAUCUAUACACUAAACUGUGGUCUGCUGCAGGCUUAUGGAAGUUUGUGUUUUAGGGAGCAACAAACCACAAUCUGUGAUUUUGACAUAAUUUUGACACAAAGCUUCCUGAUUUGUGCACACUGCGUUUACUAGGAGGAGCAAAGUGAGAGCAUUUGAGCAGUUAGUGUCAACAUGCUGCCUGUUCAGGCAAAUCAAAGCCUGAUAUGGGAAUACCUAAAUGGCAUGGACACUAAUAGCUGCCUUUGCUAGCAUUAUAGGACAGUGUAGGCCAAGCCUACCCAGAUGCUUAGAAAGUUGAUGCUGUUUUAAUAUUAUAACUUUUGUAUGCUUUUAAGUGUGGUUAUAUUUUUGUUUUGUUUUAUCUUUUUGUAAAUCGUUUGACUUUUUGGUUUGGUUUUUUUACAAUAAAGCAGUGUAUACGUGUAAGUAAAUAAAUAAAUAAAUAAGAUUAGCCUUUGUUUUCCCCCGUAAAGAAAUGUCUUGUUUCUGGUGGGUCUCCUAGUACUUCUUUGGUUGCUGGGAUUCUUACAAAGAAUGUUAGACUAGUUAAAGCUGAAUCUAACUGUUCGUGGCAACUUAUUGUGUAAACAACAGUAUAUUUGGAUCAGUUAACCCAGAUUACUUUGUGCGUGCCCCAGCAGAUCCUGCAUAGGCACUUAAUGCUUCAUAAAUUUAAAACACAGAUGAAUGAGACCUUGUGGAUUCUAGGCCUCACAAGGCUGAAGCUACCUCACUCCUUUUUUAAAAAACAGAGACCUAAAAGGCUAUUUGUACUCUAGCCACAGACUCCUAGGCAUGUCUUCUCAGAAGUCAACCCCAUUGAAUUAAAGGGGAUUUAACGGGGUGGCGCUGUGGUCUAAACCACAGAGCCUAGGGCUUGCCAAUCAGAAAGUCGGUGGUUCAAAUCCCUGUGACGGGGUGAGCUCCCGUUGCUCGGUCCCUGCUCCUGCCAACCUAGCAGUUCGAAAGCACGUCAAAGUGCAAGUAGAUAAAUAGGAACCGCUCCGGCGGGAAGGUAAACGGCGUUUCUGUGCGCUGCUCUGGUUCGCCAGAAGUGGCUUAGUCAUGCUGGCCACAUGACCUGGAAGCUGUAUGCCGGCUUCCUCGGCCAAUAAAGCAAGAUGAGCGCCGCAGCCCCAGAAUCGUCUGUGACUGAACUUAACGGUCAGGGGUCCCUUUACCUUUUUAAUUCUAAGAAUCUGCAUAGGCUUGCAGCCUGAGUCCGUGAAGUCUAGCACUUCUGUUAGCCUUUUAUACUUCCAGAACUUCUGACUUUUCGCCUCACACUAAGGUUACCUUUAUAAAUACUUUAGAAAGUGCAUCAAUAAUUAAUAGAUGUUCUGAGCGUGUUGCAGACGAGACAUUGUCAGAAGGAACAGUUUAAAGCUGGGCAGAAGACAUGGUACAGGAAUCGUCUUGGGCUCGGUGACAACUGGUUAAUCUUUCAUGGAAAAUGUCUCCACAUAAUUUGCUAAGCAGCAGGUUAAAGUCUGACUCACUUUUUUAUAUAAAAGCAGAUCACAGAGUGAUACCCAGUUGUAUGUCGUGAUCAGAGUAGACCCACAGAAAUCAAUUGACAAGUCCAAGUCGGGCAUCACUCAUUGGGUUCAUAGUGCCUCUAUAGGGCUAGAUUUACACAUGCCUGGCAAAUACUUUUCUAUUCUUUAAACAUAUUUUUAAAAUGUUAUCUCAAUAUUAUUUAAUUUAGGCUCUUCUAAACUGAUAGGGAUUACCUGGUUUUAGGUUGUGUCUGGGUGUUUUUGCUCCUUUUGUAUGAUGAAAUUAUUUGAUAUUUUCCCCUUGACUUGAAUGUUGGCUGAAUUGUUUGUAUUUUCUAUGGUUUUACUUCUGGUUUUAGAUAUUAGCGUUGUAUGUGGCCCAGAGACCUCUUGUAUGAGAUAACAAAUAAAUAUAAUAACUAAAUAUCUGCAAUUUCUAUGCAAGAUUGCUUUUAAAUGCUGCUUUUGUUUGUUAUUAGUUUUAGUGUUUCUCUAAAAAAUUUUGUUGAUGUAAAGCUCUCCUGGGAACAUAUAUAAAUGUUAUACAUUAUAAAUGUUAUAAUAAAUAAGCACAUGACUUGCAACUGGACAUGUGAACUGAACCUGCUAAAAAGCAUUUUGUUUGUGGUAACAAUAUCAAAGUUAUCUUGUAUAGUGUCAUAACUGUGACAGUGUGUGUGAUGUUGUGUGAACCAUCCUACAGUUGUGCACCGCUAUGCACACCUUGUGGGGAAAAUUAGAAAUCAGUAAUUAAAAUUAAGUUGAGGCUAUAAAGUCAAAACACCAUUGGUGUUGCAGUUACUGAAGAUCUAACUUCACUCAUGAUCUGAUUAUACCAGCUAGUUUGAUUGUGAGAGAACAUGAAGUUCAGUAAUGCACAAUUACUUAAUAAAGGAUAUAUUCUGCGUGAAUAACAAAAUGACUGGAUACAUAGCAUCCUAAAUCUAAUUGUGAAGCUGUGGUCAUAAAGCAAAAAAUGUGUGCAACUCUGCUAGUUCUUGCCUUUUCAUUACUGUUUAUCAUCUUUCCUUCCAAGCAUCUUCUUUCCCAUCCUUCAUCUGUAUCAUCAUUUCAUGUACCACUGUUCCUGGAGAAGCCAGACUGAAAUCUAAUGCAAUUAUUUUAAAUGAUUUACAUUUGGGAAAUAAUUUUUUUAAGUCUUUUAAUUGCUCAGAUUAUGUCUGUGAUGAUUCUAUGAUACUACCUGAACAGUCUUUUAAAGUCCUGUAUAAAUGCUAUGUGUUAUUCCAGUAAACAAAGUGAUCUUUAUUAUAGACUUGCAACAUGAUGUUUGCAGCUGUAAAGUUUAUGGAUGUGUGAAAGUUAAUGAGAUUUCUAUGAAGAGCACCACCAAGAUAACUUUUUAUGUAUCUUGUUUUUGUAGCUAUUGGUGAAUAUGAAGAUCUAAGAGCAGAAAAUAAGAAAACAAAAGAAGAGGUUUGUACUUGUUUUCAUGUGAUAUAAAAUAUUGUGUAACUAUUGAUUUUGAUGGACCUUGGCACAAUUGGCAUUUCCCCUUACAAAUAUUUUAUCCAUAUGAGGAAGUAUUUGCAGCAACUUCCAUAACCAUAGUAGUACUUUGAUACCACUGUAAUGGUGGAAAUUACUGGUAUGUAUAUCUGUGUAUCACCAGUUUGCUUAGUAAUUUUGUCCUUUAUUUACUUAUUUGAUUUAUACCUGCCUUCCACAAAAGGAGCCCAGAGCAGCAGCACUAAAACAGUAGUAUUAAAAAAAUUCUAAAAACAGUUUUAAAAUAUUAUUUUAAAGCAUUCACAUUCUCUCAGUCAAUGAUUUCUUUUUGCCAGAUUCAGUGUUGUUCAGCCAUCAAAUACCUGGCUAAACAGGAAUGCUUUUAAAUUCCUCUUAAAAGUCAGUAAUGAGAGAGACAGAUGUACCUCUUCAGGGAGCCACCACUUAGAAGGCCCUGUCAUGAGCCAAUGCCAACCAGCAGCUCCCAGCAGUGGCACAGUGUAUAGUCAUACUGUAUAUGUAUAUCCCAGUGAAUAACAAGGCCAUAAACGUCUACUUAGAAGUAAGCCCCAUUAAGUUCAGUGGGACUUUCUCCCAGGUAAGUGUAUCUUGGAUUGCAGCCAUAGACUGAUAAAAAUGAGAACUGCCAAACUUGAUAUGUUGAUAUAAGAGAAUUCUCAUUGUAGUUAGCUAUAGUUGACAUUGCCCGUAUUUAGUUCAGAUAAGAGAAUUUCUCAUGCAAGUUUUCGGCAGAAACUAGUAACAAAACUAUUUCCUUAUUUACACAGUAAUUUCAGACUGUCACCACCACCACAAUGUGCCUCUUAGAUCAUGAUUCCUAUCCUAUCCUGGCCUGGAUGCGUUUGCAAGCCGGAGCACACACUACAAUCAUUUUCUUCUCCUGCCUGUUGGAGGUGCAAAGCAAAAACAAAUAUCAGGUUUCUUGCAAAUUCCUCCCUACCCUCACACACAAAGAAAUGGGAAGAAACCUAGUGCUCAUGGUGGUUACUACAGGAAGUGAAACAGUGAAAUGUGGAAUGACUCCCAUCACCAUUCCUCCCCUCCAUCUGAACCCAGUGCCCUCGUCUAAUUUAGUGGUAAGGUCUGUAGCUCAUUGGGAGAACAUCUCCUUUUAUGCAGAAUAUCCCCAGCAUCUACUGGUAGGCUGGGAAAGACUCCAGUCUUGAAAUGUUGCAGAGCAACCUUCAGUCAAUGUAGACAGUACUGAACUGGAUGGGUCAUUGGUCUGAAUGAGUAUAAGGCAGCUUCCAACAUUCCAUUCCUAAAAGAUGGUCUAAAGUUGCUUGUAGAUUGGAUGACUGUGAAUAAAUAGAAGCUUAAUUUGGACAGGAUGAAGAAAUAGCCCAUGGUGAGUGGUCCCAACGCUUGGGGAGUGAUGGAAAUGCCCGUCCUAAAUAGGAUCACACUCACCCAGAAGGGGCAGGAUGGCAGCUUGGGAGUGCUCCUGGUAGAUGUCCAUGCCAAGACAGUGUCCAUAAUCACGUUUUAUCAUAUUCUCUUGAUUCGUGAACCACACCCCUUCUUAGACGAGAGGAAUUUGGCCACUGGUUGAGCAUCCCUGGUUUGUAGUCUAAAUGUGAAGUGCUGUUUCUUUUAAGCUGUGAUCCUAUACCCACUUUACUGGUAAUGAGCUUUGCUGAGCUUAAUGGGACUUAAGUGAGUAGACAUGUCAAGGAUGGCACUGGUUUAGGUCUGGCACCCUUGAGGAAGCAUCUUCUCCCAUAUGUACUCUAUUGCCUUUUGAGAUCCAUUACUUGAUGGGCCAUCAGAAUAUUAACACCCAUAAAGCAAGUUUCCCCUGUGGUCUCCCAAAGUUGUAACAGCUGAGGAAAGAAUUUGAGAGCUCGUCUUUUUUUGAUCAGUUUAAAUAUUUUUCUUUCUUUUUAAACAGGCUUUAAGUUAAUGUGACUUGAUACUAUUCAGGCUUUUAUUGCUGCUGUUGGGUUUUUCCAUUUACUGUUUUUGUGAUUGCCUUUAUUGUGUUGUGAAACUUGUACUGAAAGGUGGGCAGUUAAUGAAUAAUUGUUUGACCAACAAUGCCAGUAGGUGGAUCUUGCUGUGCUCCCCCUUGCCUUUACUGAUGCAUCGUGGUUGGGGCUUUCCAUGGUUGUGGGUUUUGUUAUCGCAGCUUCCUAAUUCAUAAUAAUUCUGUUUCCUGUACUCUGUUUACAUGCCAUGAUAAGCCAUAAACCUUGGCUUACCACCAACAAGCACUUUGCUCAAGCACACUGUUGAAUUGUUCCUGUGUCACUCCACCCUUCAUGGAGCUGGGAGCAACAAACCACAAGCCUUGGUUUACUGCAGGGUUUGAAAGGCUGUCAGGAGACAUUCUUCUCUUUGAAGGAGGCCAUCAUCUGAAGGGUCAUCCCAGUCCUGGUCCAGUUUAAGAUAAGCUCUACAAGAAGGGAGAGGGCCUUGAAGUUGACCAUUAUCAGUUGGCACCUGGACAGAAUGCACUAUAUUUCUGUUUGAAAUACAAAUUUGCAGCUGUAAAUAUAAAUUAGCAUAUGCAAAGGCCUUUUGUGUGAUGAAUUCUUUUGGCAGUAAGGGGCUACCCUAGACUAGUGUACUAAUUCCAUCAGUAAUGUCGCAGAUAAAACUAUGAGAAGAGGCUACAGUGUUGUGUAGUCCUCUCCCCACUUUCCAGCUCGAAACAACUUCUUGUAGACUGCAGUACACCCCUACAUCAUCAAGACUUAAUGAUCGUCAACACUAACCAGAAUUGCUAUCUGAAUCAGGUUUUGAAAUUGAUGCAGAUUUGCACUCCCUAGCUGAGACGGAACCUGAUACGAGUCAUUGAUGUAAUGCUUUGCCAUGGUUAAGGCUGACAAGGGAACGUUGGAGGAAAUACAUGUUGCAGAGGUUGGGAAGAGAAUGGACAUGAUUGUGACUAGCUCCUGAUCUUUUAACAAUGGUUAAGAAAACAGUGGCGUUAACAUCUGCACUGAGACAAAUUUUAAGAGAGUCAGAAUAAUAAGUCAUUGGUUAUCUCUAAUCCAUAUUUCUGAACUUUUUUUUUUUUUUUUGCACAUUGCAUGUUUUUGUUCAUGGAAACAAGCAGUUUCUGUUGCUAUAAAGCUAUACAUUUGCACUGGUUCCUUUUCUUUAUUUCCACUCACAGUCUUCUUCCCAUAAAGUAAAUACAACAUGCUAUUGAUUUACAGCAAAACUAUCCAUAUAUUCAAGCCUCUGAGUCUGAUCAAUGUGAACCAGUGACAUGAAUAUUUCGUCUUCUCUUCCAUACCCUAAGAGGGUUUGUUUUUUUGUGGAUGUUUUCAUGUGUUAAUAUUAGAGAAAAGAAUACUACUUUGGAGGCAGGGGCAGCUGGUACCUCCAGAAUUGCUGUCCUUGACCAUUCAUUUGCAUUCUAAGACAUAAAGGGCUUCUUUUUUAAUAUAUUAAAAAACAUGGUAGGCCUGCCCUGUUGUGGCAGGCAUAUCUGGUUUUUCAAUGAGACAUUUUAAUUCUAUCUUCUCCCACUGUUGCUUAUCAUUUUGUUUUAUUUCAAUGAAUGGAUAUGCAGGCUGCAGUCCUGAAAUUUCAGUAGAAUUUGGAUUUUGCUAGGUUGAAAUAACAGCUAACGUUUCCCAAACUCAAGUCUUUUUAUGACAGUUACCUUUCUAUAACAAUGCCUUGAAAAGCUGCAGAGCACAAAUUAGAUGUGAUAUGGGAGAUCUGUGAUUUUCCAGGUUGUCUUUCACUGGCCUGCCAGUAAGAACUACGAGGCUUGUGGGUGCUAGGAGCAGGGCCUUUUCAGUAAUGGCCCUACACUUUUGGAACUCCCCACCCAGGGAAAUUUGUAUGGCUUCAUCAUUGCUUGUUAUUAUUCCCUAAAAUGUGCAUAGUUAAUGGCAUGUGUCAAAAGAAUGGCUACUGGUGUCUAUUAACUGAUUUUUAGUUUAAUUAGUGUGUGUGUUUAAAAUUGUAAGCCUCCCAGGUGACCUGUUUAGCGGAGAAGGGGAAGAACUUUAGAAGGUCGUUUGCCAAACAGCUCUCUGAAGUGCCUGCCCCUUCCAUUAAAGACAGCUGCAGUAAGGUUCAAUGGAAGGGGAGAAGGUGCUUCAAAUAACAGUUUGACAAACUUCUCUCUGAAGCCCCUCCCUUUCCUUUGGAGGGGAUAGGGAGGCUGUGAGGGGGUGAAUGUUGUGUAAAGGGAGGAGGGGUUGGCCAGGUGAUAGGAAAGGGCACUGGCAAAGGAGAUGGUGAGUUGGCAGAGUUGGUGAGCAGAGCAAGCAGGGUCAGGAAUCCUUUGUUAAUAAAUAAACAAAUAAACGUCAAAGAAGAUAGGAGCAUGGCUCAAUCAAAUUUGGAAGUUGCAUGGUGGAGAGAGGAUAGACAUUUCUCCACACUAGUAUUCCAAUCAGCUUCUCCCACCCCCCACACCAAACAAAGGCUGUUGUUUUUCUGGUGCAAACCCCCCCCCCCCCCCGGUAAGGCAAGUAUCAGUCAGUAUAAGUGGUGUGAUUUAUAUUGUGGAAACUUGCACGUGGCAACGUGUUUUGCCUGCAGAAUGGCCUUGAUCCAGUUCAGCCCCCUUCCCCUAUAGCUGCUUAUAACUUAAAAGAAAUAAGAGAGGCUGAUCACAGAUCUCCUGCAUCACAUCUUGCUUGAUUUUUAACCCUUAGUGUCUCCUGUUUGUGCACAUACCAUAUAUGUGUAGGGGAAGCAGAUUAUGUUGCUGGUCUUGCCCUGUCCUCUUUGCAUUUGUCAGAAGGUGAGCAUGGGACUUCUGACACAUGUAGAAGUCAGGAGUAGGGCCUAGUAGGCUGGUCCUCUUCCUCUUUCACUUGAUCAGUAUAUAUGCACAUAGAAGGUGAGGAUAGGUCUCUACUGCCUGAUUUGUUUACCCAUUCAAGGGAUUAGUUGAACUUUGAAAGAAAAGGACAAUUAGUCAUUCUUGAAUAGCUUAUAACUGACUGAAUAGAUGUCAUUCAAAUGAAAGCAGGGUCAUGGCAUGCUAAGGUGGGUGUAAUACUUUGUGAUUAGAAGUAAUGGGUGUAGAGGGAGGAGGACUGAAUCACCCAAGAAUUUGUCUCUGUGGGCAAGGAAGGCUUGUAACAGCAAUUCUUAACCAUCCAAGUUUGAUGAGUCUGAGCAUCUGUGAUUAUAUAAACAAGCCCUAGAGCAGUGGAAGAAUAUGCUUUUUAAGGGCUGUACAAGAAUCCCCUUGUUGUGCUUUGUGGCCCUGAAUCAGGGCUACACAUCCCACCCUGGAUUCUUCUGCACAACAGUUGAGCGGGUGUGCAUUAAAAACUUUUUGAAAAGGUUUGGAUGCACAUCACCAUGCAGGAUCAGGUCCUCUUGCUUAACUAAGCAGGAGCAUCCGAUCCUGCAUGGUGCUGGCUGAUCCUCCUUCACGAGUGAUUUCCCUGCACAUAAAGGAAGCUGCUCAAGAAAAAGUGACCAGCACCAUGCAGGAUCAGAUCCUUCCACUUGACAUUUGUUAGGAGGAAGAAUCCAACCCGGCUUAGUGCUUCUUCAUAAGUGGCUUUCCUUACUCCACUUACACUAGCUGUGGGAAAGGAAUUUCCUCUGAGAUAAGAGCUGUUGAAGCUGUAAUAUUAAGGUGGAACAUUAAGUUGGGAAAUAUCAAGGUAGUCUGAGCUGCUAAUAAUAUCUUUAGAGGAAACCUGUCCAUUUUAACUUGCAUGUCCUCUCCGCAAUUGAUGGUGCAGCUUAUGAAUCUUGUCAUUUGAACCUUGACGCUUUUUGUACUGGAGUUUAAAAACCAAAAGCAGGAAUUGGCUCCAAAUUACCAUUUGCCUUUCUUUAAAAUUUAGUUUUAAGUUAAAUCUGCAUUUUUAGCUUUACCCUAAUUCCUGAUUGUUGUUUUGCUUUCUGUUGAUUGUGGAAGUUGAUUUAAUUAUUUAAAUUCUGAAAAUGCCAUUGUAUCUUCCGGCAGUGUGACAAAAUCAAGCAGCAGAGAGAUGAAGCAGUCAAGCAGUUGGAAGAGAUUCAGAAAAGUAAGUAGUGUUUUCCAAAGGAAUAAGGGUUCUUUGCUAACAGAUUUAUGUUGUGUUGUGACUCAGAUCUAACUUUUGGAAAUCUGUACAGUAAUUCAGUUACUCUGGGGUUUUAUCCUCACAGGUUUUUAAAAAUUAUUUUUUCAUUUUCAGAUUUAGCAAGGAAAGAAAAAAGAGAAAAAGAAAAAAGAUAAAUUGAAAUUUAAAAAGAGAGUGAAGAUUAGUAAUAAUAAUGUACAAAAAUGCUACUAAUAACAGUAGUCCAAUUAAACAGAGUAAAAUACAUUACACAGAAUGAUUAUUAAAAUCAGACAUUCUGUCAGAUAAGAGUUUGCUCCCCUGAGGAAUUCAACUUACCAUCCCUGCAAACUUUUCUCCUUACUUGUCCCCUAAUAAAAAGUUAAUCAGGUACCCAGUCGAUCUCUCAACUGGGAGAUUUAAAGCUUUGAACAAGGCUGCUCUUAAGUCCUUGUGGAUUGGGCAAACCAGUAAGUAGUGUGGUACUGACUAGGUGCGAUAUGCUUGGCCCAGGGGUGCCAACUUAAAAUACAUUUUUGGGGGGUGGGAGGAGGUGGUAAGCCCUGCUGCACAUAAUUGAUCACAUGACACAGUGCACACACACCAUUUGACCUUGGCCCCUAGGAGUUGGCUCCUAUGGCUUGGCCCCACAAAGAAACGGGUAACUUGGAGGAGGUGAUCUUUGUUUUUGGUUUGCAUUACCAUCUCUGCUUCUUUAAGGUCAUGCUCAGGAAUGGGCAAUGCUAAUAUUCUCAUUGCCUUGGGCCGGGUUUUAGUGAGGGGUAGCAACAGUGGGAUAGACUUGCCCACUUCUGCCUUCUCUGAAGCCUAUUGUAAGACCCUUUUGUGUCCCACAAUUCCUUUGGCACAUACAGAGAAUUCGAGAAAGGGGGUCACUUUCUCCCCACUUUGCAUCAUAUUCUUUCCCUCCUCAAAAUACAACAUGAAGUAGUCCUAAUAGUCCUCUUGUGGGAUUUCCAUUUCCCUAUUGUAGCUGGAAAAUUUUCCAGAUGUUGAACCGCCACGAAAAUGUGUAGGAAUGAAAGCAAAAGCUGAGACAGGUUGAGAGGCAGUUUUAUGGCAGUUCCUUGAAAUUAUCCUUUCUCUCUACCCACAAAAAAUGCGGAAGAUAAAGCUUGACAAGGAUGACCUUUUCUGGCACAUUAGGCACAAAGUUUUUCCUAGCAGGGAUUCUGCCACCCCUCCCCUGCUUAAAUGCCUCAUGAGAAGCAUAAGUUGAUGGAACUGCAGUUAUGAGAAAGAUUUUAUUGUAUAAGUUUUAAAGGUAAUUGUAGAGCUUUGAAAGCGUCAUUUACUAUGUUCUAAAUAAAUAGGAAGCAAGCUGCAUAUUGUUUUUUCAAAAAAGUUCUCGUAGGGCACAAAGGCUGUUAAAAGUAGGCAGACAUUCAAGUGGUAUAGUUCUCCCUGUCACAAAGAUGCAGCAAUGAGGAAUUUCUGCCUGUUUUGCGGACUUUUGAAAACAAUAAACACUGUUUUUGUGAUGUAAUGCCAAAAACAUAUGUCAAUAUGCUUUCUAGGCACUUGCAACUUCAUAGAAAACCUACAUUUCAGUUCUGACAUGGUGAAGGCAUCACCAGUUCCAUUUACAUUUUCUGGUCAAAGAAUCACUUCUGUUUACUGUCUUAAUGCAAUCUUCCUUCCUUCCUUCCUUCCUCUUCCUUCCUUCCUUCCUUCCUUCCUUUCUUCCUUUCUUUCUUUCUUUCUUUCAUAUCUGUAUAGGGGAAUGAAAUAUUCCUUUAAAUGCUUCCAUUUGGAUAGCAUUACUUGGGUUGAAAAGUGGUAGGAGUAUUUGUUUUCCAAAAGACUUAUUCUUUUAUAAGUAAAAUUACUUGAAACGAAUACACUAAAUGCCAGCUUUUGCCUCCUUACUUUCAACAUUUGUCAACUGCUGAAGUAUUGUUAUUUUUCAAUUUUUGGAAUACCCAGAAUGCUAGCCCAGGGGCUGAUAGAGAACAUCUUCUUUAGUUCAAAGAAUUGCAAGGAAAGGAAAUCUCUGCCCUUGCCUUCUUUUAUUUACAUUUUACGUUUAUUCAUGUGUGCUUUUGCUAUUCUUGCUCACAUAUGGAGGGUUCUAAUUGGAACUGGCUGUGACGGCUGUGUGGAACUCUUCCUUUGAAUAUCUCUGUGGUGGGAAAUGGGGUGGGGACCCAAAUUCAAUAUAUUGGAGAAGGCUUGUUUGCUUUACUGUCUAAGGCUCAGGCUGCUAACUUCUUUAUGAAGGAUCAAGCACAUCUACAUAACCAAAUUUAAAGUGGGUAUGAUGAUGUCUCCCACUGGCGCAAGGAAUAAAUAUGCUAACAACUCUCCCCACCCCCACCCCCUCCACCAAAUAUCCAGUUUUCCCUCUUGUGUGAUAAUGGUUCUAUUGAUGCCAUGUGGUGUCUGGAGGUAACAAAGCACAGCUAAUGGGAGUGGAAAGCCCUCCCGUGAAUAGCUUCUCAAGAGAGGAGAUGACAACAGUAUUGCAGCCUGUUAUGUUAGGUCUCUGUCACCAUAGUAUGUUUUGUUGCAGUAUUAGGCAUUAGCAAUAGAGGGUUAAAAGAAAGAACCUGCACCCCAUACAUAGAUGACAAAGAAAUUUACAUGGCUGGGGUUUGCGUUGGUUCAUAAAUGCAGCAGAAAAACCUCCAGUGAAAUAGUCCUAAACUUUAAACUAUUUUGAAAUAAUCUGGUGGAGUGGCUAUAUGUUGAGGGGGGGAAAGGCCUAAGAAGUCAAAUUCCUGUGAAAAGAAGUGGAAGGAAUAGGGCAGGCACACACAGACACCUUGUGACUUGUUAAUAUGUGCUAGUGAUACUGGGAAUUCAAGAGCCUGGCAGAAAAUGUCAAGGAGUGGAGUCUUAAAAUUUGAAAGUAAUAUUUGCUCUUGUAAAAUGCCGUGGGUUUCCCUUUAUCUUCCUUUUCAUGUGCUUCACCCCCUCCCUUUUUUAAAAAAAGAAAGGGGGGAAAAAGACAUACCUUGUAAACAUAGCGAUAAAAUGCCAGGAAUAUUAGGAUUUUACAGCAAUAAUGGAGCCCAUUAUUUAAACGACAAUAUAAAAGGCAAUUAUUUUGAUGAAGAGCUACACGGGCUUUGUGUCUGUGAAUAAACUUGGCCUGCGCUCAGCUUCUAUUUGUUCUCCCGGCAUAAACACAUAUUGUGCGUGAUUCCUGUUUAAUGGGGCCCAGUCUGUAUGCCAAGCAGCUGCAUUUUAGGCCCUAUAGCGUGAUUUCAUAGCUCUCUGAAAAUUGGUUCUAUUCAGCAGAAGAGAUAGGAGGUGGUGGUAGGGGGGGGGAAGCUUCAACACACAAUCAUUUCUUUUCAAUUGGAGCCAGAAAGGUUGAUGACAACAUGACCAUUGUGUGAUAAUGAUAAGACCACUAAGGAUCUGUACUUCUCAUCAAGGCUUUCACACAACAGCAGAUACAAUUUAAUUCACUGCUCUGUCAGCAGUGCUGAUACCAUUAUGCCGUCUGUCUCCACAGUUAUAAUCACUGUCCUCCGAGAAAUGCAGUUGAAAUGAUCUUGAGCAGUCAAAGAAACUCUCAAUUAAGGCUGCCACUUCCAAUGUGUCAGAUUGUGUCUUAUGCACUUGGUACAAUUUUCACUUCCAAUCCUGUUUAUUUACAAUGUCGGCCAGUAAUUACGCUUAACAUGUCAUUUAGUGAGGGUGCCCCUGCCAAGGAGAUUGUUGGGUGCUGCAGUGCCAUUGAGGGGGAGUUUCUUGCAGUCAAUGCCAUCAGCGGCUUUUAGUCCCUGAUGGGAUGCGGUAGUAAUGUUGAUAAUGCAAGUAUCACGCUCAUCAAGUCAUAAUUAGAUGCCACUCAAAUGUGCCACUUGUAAUAACAGUGUUGAUUCAUGUUUUCUCGGCGACUGCAACUACUAAUUAGUUAAGUGGUUUUUGGUUGGCCUGCAUUUGCUGCAUAUUAUUAUUACCCCUGAAAAAAUGUUGAGGUUGGAGAGGUUUUUGGCCACUUAGUGUUGCUUUAUGAAUUUUAAUAUCAGCAUAAUAAGAACUUUGGACAGUCUUAGGAAGGGGGGGUGUAUGUAUGUGUGUAUAUAUAUGUGUGUGUGUGUGUUCAGAUACAUUUUACCUUUGGAAUUUAAUCAUAAUUGCAGGUUAACUAAUCUUUAAAUGAACCAUGAGGUCUUAAAAAAAAACCCUUUAUAUUUUACAUGAAAAAUCUAGUUAAUUUUCACCUCCUACCAUUAAUGUAAAGUGACUCUUUUUUUUUAAUGCACUACUCCUACCAUUUAAUGUAAAAGGAAUCAGAACUUUCUUGGCUAACUUUAUGAAACAACAAAGCAGCUUUUUGGACAAAUGCCAUGUAAUCACUUUUUCUUUUCUUUUGACAGUGGAUUAGACAGAUGUCACAACUCGGUGACACAUUAGCAAUAGCUUAUUUUUGCUGUUUGUUGUGAUUCUUCAGGUUGGAAUGCAUUCUACGCUACCAUACAUCCGGGUACCAAACCUGAACUACCUGGUCUGUGUAUCUGCAUAAUACACACUGGGUGAAAUUCAGUGGCAUCUAUGUAUGGACAAAACGGACAUCUGCUUGCACAAUGGGACUUCCCUUUCCUCUUCUCCCCAGUGCAGCUCCCUGAAGCUGGGGGUGCAGAAGCCAGCUCACACAAUGUUGAAUUUUUCCCACAUUUCCAAAUGUACAUUUUACACAUUGAAUUAUACAUGUAAAACCUGUUUUGUGUACACUUAGAAAAUUGUAAUGUGCCAGGUUGGUGUGGUAGAAGACUACAAAAUACCUUCUUUAGCAGGAUCCAACCUAUGUUCUUUGCUUUCUUGGCUCAACAUCUUUAGAUUUCUAGGACAUUGAAGUUGCUUUUCCAUGCAGCCUGAUCCUAUAUGUGUUUAUUCAGAAGUGAUUUGCACUGAGCUCAGAGGAGCUUCCUCCCAAGUAAGUAGGAUUGUGGCCUAAGAGAGGUUGGCUGAUGACCAUUUGUUUUAUUAUUCUUGCCUUCCACUGCAGCAUGUGGCAGAGAUUAUUUGCGGCAUUUCCCCACGCUUUGCUCAACUCAUUCCAUUUUCUGACAGUAUGUCUGCAGCGCAUGCAGUGCUUACUCCUGUUCUUGGCUUAUGACAUGCUGCCAAAUAGGUAGCCUGGGUUGACCUAAUAGAAGAUAAACCUCUUAAAGUACAGGGCUUCUGUGUUCUUUUGAUUAUUGGAUCCCAGGGCUGAGUAUUUCCCUUGGUGUCUCUGUGUUUCUACCUCAUCUACAUGGGAAACUACUGCCAUGUGUUGGUUUUCUAGGCCCAGCUAUAACAACACAUCUAGGCUCUUGCGGUGUGUCUAUGUAUAUCUCCUUCGGUUAAGGCUGUUUUCUUUCAUCUCUCUGGUGGUACAGUGCCAGAUGCUGACAGAACACGAAACAUAAAUAACAAUUAUAGCAAACAAGAGGGAGAAAGCCAUUGGCUUCUUACUCAUUUUCGAGCCAUCGCUCGCAGCACUGUUUCCCCACCACCACCAAUAAAGCCCCAAAAGGCUUGGAUUCAUGUGUGAAAGAAUCAUAAAACUGUGCUUCUUAAAUUGUGGUGCCCAGAAUUGGACACACUACUCCAGGUGUGGUCUGACCAUGGCGGAAUAGAGUGGGAAGAAAACACAUCAACUCUAGUAUCCCAUAACGAUAGACAGUACACAUAAGAAGAGCACUGCAGGAUCAGGCUGGUGACCCUGUGGGAAACCCGUAAGCAAGACAUGAAAGCAGGACUUGUGAUUCCCAGCAACAGAUAUUCACAACUUCAUAACAAUAUCAUUUAUAUGCAGUUGGGUAACUGUCCUACAACUGGAGGCUGCUUUUAUUCUGAAGUUUUCUCAUUUGGUUUAGAAGAUGAGACAGUGAGACUUCUGUAUUCAAGGCGGAGAUGUCAAGGUUAUAGCUCUGCCCUUGGGCAUAUACAAGGGCAAUCUAAUGCAUUCCUACUUGGGAAUAGGUCCUACUAAAUGCAGUGAGUUGCAUUCAACCUAGUGCAUGCCCCCUAAAUCUGUUCUGCGGGGUUUCCACAACCUUCCCAAGCGGAUUUGGGGAUGCCGCAGGACAAGGAGAGGGUGAAAGCUCUAGUACAUAAACUGUUCUGCUUGCACAUUUUUAAAGUUAAAUACCGUAUUUUUCCAUGUAUAAGAUGCACCCGUGUAUAAGACAACCCGUAUUUUUUAAACCCAAAAUUAAGAAAUUAACUUGUUUAGCUUUUUGGGGGGUUGAGGGAGGUCACUAUCGCCAAUCGCUCACCCGCCUUCCCGCCACUGCCAAUCGCUUCCCACAGCCACUGCCUGUUGCACACCUCACCACAGCCACCAAUUGCCCGCCCAGUUGCCGCCACCAACAGCCCACCCACCCACUUUCCACAACCGCCAAUCGCCUGCCCAAUCUCCUGCUUGCUGCUGCCAUUAAUGGCACAUCCCCCCCCCCUGCAUUCAUUAUCUGUGUAUAAGCCGACACCCAAUUUUUGUCAAUUUUUAAAAAAAUUUUUUAGCAAAAAGCAUUGUCUUAUACACGGAAAAAUACGGUACCACCCGUAGCAGCUGUCUUUCCAUUGCUUUCCUGGCAUCCCAACACUGUCGCUGCCACUUAUGGACGGAGUGAGGGGUGGGGAGCUCAGUGUGGUGCAGUGCUUAGUGGCAGGAGUUUUGGUUGGCUGCAUAGCAGCCACACCUCACCCCCCCAUCUCUCUUGGUAAGCAGCAGUGUUGAGAUGCUGGGAGGGCAACACAGCCCACCCGCUCUGUGCCACUGGCCACUCCUAGAGAGAACCCUGCCUGAAACCUCAGCAGGCUCAAUGUAAACAUUACUGAGCUAGAUGGGCCAAUGGUCUGACUUAGAGUAAGGCAGCCUCCUAUGUUAUGUUCUUAUGAAGGAAGAGAGUCCACUCUCACCAGUGUCACGCCUGAAUCUUUGCAUCUUGAAAAUUCUGUUGCACCUUUCAGCCAGCUUUGGGGACUGGAAUUAAGCCGUUUGGGACAGAGUUUAGGCUUUAGGAAAUAUUAAGCUUUGAAAAAAUAUAUAGAAAGCUAAAAAUGUACCAUAUUUUUCACUCUAUAAGACGCACCAGACUACAAGACGCACCUAGUUUUUGGAGGAGGAAAACAAGAAAAAAAAUAUUCUGAAUCUCAGAAGCCAGAACAGCAAGAGGGAUCACUGUGCAGUGAAAGCAGCAAUCCCUCUUGCUGUUCUGGCUCCUGGGAUAGCUGUGCAUCCUGCAUUCACUCCAUAAGACACACACACAUUUCCCCUUACUUUUUAGGAGGGAAAAAGUGAGUCUUAUAGAGCAAAAAAUACGGUAUUUAAAAACCUUUAUUUAUACAGUAUACCUGAAGGAGCGUCUCCACCCCCAUCGUUCAGCCUGGACACUGAGAUCCAGCGCUGAGGGCCUUCUGCUGGUUCCCUCAUUGCGAGAAGUGAGGCUACAGGGAACCAGACAGAGGGCCUUCUCGGUAGUGGCGCCCGCCUUGUGGAACGCCCUCCCAUCAGAUGUCAAAGAGAUAAAAAACUACCUGACAUUCAGAAGACAUGUUAAGGCAGCACUGUUCAGGGAAGUUUUUAAUAUGUAACGCUGUACUGCUUGGACAAGUGAAACCGACUUGAUUUUUAACACUUGAUUGGGAGCCGCCCAGAGUGGCUGGGGAAACUCAGCCAGAUGGGCAGGGUAUAAAUAAUAAAUUAUUAUUAUAAAUUAUUAUUAUUAUUUAUAGAAAAUAAUUGUUUUCCCUGCCCUUCCAAUUCCUACUGCGGUGUAGUAGUUCGACAGGGACCCGGGAGAGACGGGUUCAAAUCCCAACUCGGCCAUGUAGCUUGGGCCUCGUCACUGUCUCUCCACCUAAUCGACCUCACAGGGUUGUUGUGAUGAUAAAAUUGGGGUGGGGGAGAACCAUGUGUGCCAGUUUUGAGUGCUUGGAGGAAAGUUGGGAUAUAAAUGUAAUCAUAACAACAACAACAAUUAGGAUGAUAAAAAUUAGUUUGAAAUUAUUUUUGUGUUUGCUGUAAUAUAAGCUAUAGGAAGUGGGAAGAGGUAAGUAAGAAAAUGUGAUUGUUAUAAGAAUGGAAGGCAUGAGUUUUGAAGGGGUGGUGAUUUUGGGCAGGGAGGAUGAAGGCAAGCAUGCAGAAGUAGAGGUAAAGUAGAAGGACUAGAAAUAAUACAGGAUGCACUUUGGGGAGAGGUGAAGCACUGGGAAAGAAGAGUUAAUGUUUAGUAGGUUCUGUUAGGAAUUUCAGACUGCAAUCCAGUGCUCUCUCUCUUGGUAAUAAGUCCCAUUAAAACAGUGGGCCUUCCUUCCGAGCCAGUCUGAUCAAACAGCCAUAGGAUGGGAAUCCUGUUUCUCCUUGUAUUCAAAACUUUGGAAAUACUAUGUAUUAUUUUUGACCUUAAUGUUUAGUUCUUUUUUUAAAGCAUUCAUAAACGUCUGGUCCUUUUAUAUAUAUGUUUUGCUUAAUAUGGAUAAAGUGUUAGCUUUAAAGAAGUAGUUGAUGUGGAAGUUGAAUUAGAUUUUCAUAAUCAUAGGAUGAAUGAUCUGAGUAAAAUAAAAAUCAGAGUGAGGGAAGGCUUGACUCAUUAAACACUGUGUGACUCAAAUAUUUUCCCCUUAUGCUUUAGUUUCUCACAUGGUCAUUGAGGAAGUGAGCUGCAUACAGAGCCACCUCGAAAUUGAGAAGACAUGCCGUGAAAGUGCAGAAGCUCUGGCUACUAAGGUAAGAAUAUGUAUUUUAUUUUUCCUCUCUGUGGAACACCUAAUCUGAGGGUUUAUGAAACAAUGAUUCAUCUUUGGCUGGUAAGCUUAGGUCGCAUAACAGUGAUGCUGAUCCUUUGUAGUCCACUUGGAAGGCCCAAGAAGCUGUAAGGUCAGCAGAGGAGACUGAAACUACAAUCCUUUACACACUUAUUUAGGAACAGAAUGAUUCCUGACCCCCCCCCCCAGUAAAUACGCAAAGGAUUGCUCUCUAAUGUUGAGAUCCUGUGUACUGCUACUUGGCAGUGAGGCUCAUGAAGAGUGAGGUUUAAUAUCUGAGUUAAUAUGCAUUGUGGGCACAUUCAAAUGUGUAAGUUAUUGUGUUAGAUCCCCUGACUAAAGUGCUACUGCUUCUGUCCAUUUCCUUUCCUUUCCUUUCCCUUCCUUUUAAAAAUAUACUGUUAAAAAUUAUUAUUUUUUGCAUAGUGCUUAGGAGAGGAUGCAGUUAUGAAAACAACCUAACAGUGUACAUCAAUUGCCCAAAGAGGUGUAAGAAGCCAUGUCCAGACAAGCACAUUCAGACAUAUGUUUUCCUUUCACACUGCAGUACCUAUAGCAUUAUGGAACUGUGGCUUUUUAACCAAGACACCAGGAUGUUGUGCUAAAUUUCAUUCUGUGUCAUUACUCCCCCACCCUUUCUGCACAUGUAUGUGUCUGUUCCUGCACAAUUCCCCCAUGAGACCAACAGGAAAGAACUGUAUGCCAGUAUACCACCCCAAAUUAUGUCACCUGACUCCCUCAAUUUUCUGGGUUUCUGGCUGCAAAUGAUUUGUGUUUUUCCCCCUGGAACCAAGUAACACGGAAUCAAGCACUAAAUAGGUGUCAUUAGUUUUCCAGUAGUGGCUUUUACAUUGUGUGAAGGCUCAAUUGUAAUAUGGAAAUUAACAGUUAGGGAAAUGUCAGGGAAAUGGAAUAAACAGGUGUGUGGAUGCAGCCAGUAUGUCUUGCACCCAGGAAGGGUGUGCCCAGCCCCUCCCAAUCUGACACCCCAGUAUAUAUGUGCAAUCAGUUCCAUACUUGUCAGUGCUGAAGGAUGUGCCCUCAGACAGAUUCAGUGCAUGACAAAAUUCCUACAUGGAAAGCACUCCAAUGUAGAAUGUGGCCCGCAACUUAAUGAAAAAUAGUCAUAUUAUGAUUAUAGAUGCUUCUGUUUUGUCACAUAUACAUAUGCAGGGGAGUUGUCAGGGUCCAAAUACGUGUGUGCAGUCAUGAUAUGUGACAAUCUUGAGUUUUAUGUUAUUUCUGAUAAAAAAGAGCUUUAUGAAACAGCCCUGAAUUUGUUUGCUUGAACCAGGAAGCGGGGAGAGGAUGGGAAGUUGACUGUUUACUUUUGGACGUAAUAAAGGAUUUUUUGCUUUCUUUCUUUCACGCAAUGCAAUAUGUGUCUUAGUAUUUUAUUUGCUCAAUAUGUGCAGUCCGCUAAAGAUAGAUUUGCUUGACUGGGUUUUCAAGCUUUUAAAAAAACAAAGCAAAAAAAGGAUAAUUCAUUGAAUGUUUACUUUUUUAUUCUGCCUCCCUUCACCACUACCUCCCACAUACCAUUUUAUGCAUCUGGGUUAACUGAUAAACAAGUUUAGAAAUGUCCUGAGUGUCUGUGACAUGAAAGAAUAAUGAGCAUUUCAGUGUGUGAAUCAAAUGGAAAAGUCAGCCAGAGUAUUACAUUUCAGGUGAUUGUUUAUGAAAGCAAACCGUGGAGCAAGCAAAAGGUGACCUGUACUGCUCUGUUGAUUGCAUCUAGGUUGAUGAAUUUACCAAGUAUAUAAUUUUCUAUAUUCCAUCUCAUCAGAAGUGCAUUAUUAUUAUUACAGAGUGUUUUUAUCUCUUCAUGGAUACACACACACACACACACACACACACACACACACACACACGGUUGUGAAUAACACAUCUGAGCCACUUCAUAAUCAGAAAAUGGAUUGUGGCAAUUUUGAGCCAAAUUUCAUUAGCAAUGCUGGCUAGUCUGUGUGCAUUUGUGCACGCCCCUCCCCCCCGCAAAAUCUCAAAGUACUUCUUCAGAUGUAGCAGAAAUCCCACCAGUAGGAAAUCUUUUUUAAUUCAGAUUCAUUAGCAAUGUACUUUCUGGAUAUAUUAACUUAAUUGUUUGCAUAAUGAUACUACAUUAGGAUUCAUAAUAUAGUCAAUCAACAUAUAACUAAGAAAAUGAAUUUAUGACUGUAACUAUCCUUUCUUUCCAUUCUUUGCAUGGAGUGACACACUCUGACAGCUAAGAGACUAGCACCUUCCUCUUUGGUUUGCUAUGUCAAAGCUGACUCACUCUUCGACCAACCCUGGAAGGGUUUCUCACAUUUUCUGUCUAGAUCUUUAGGAGUGAAACACACUUAGAGAAACUAGCAGUGCAGGGUGACUGGGAAGAUCUCCCUCUUUCAAACGUCUAGGUUGAGGAUUUGUGAUUGAGGACAAGAGUGGUGAUCUCUUCUUACUAUGUGGCGUCCCUUACCAGGAAAAGAAGAUCUUGUGUCUUAGGGCUCAUUCAUGCUUCCACUUUCCCCCGUGCCUAGAAAGAAUGGGUCCAAGUGGUUUUCUGCUUGUCCUCUGCUUUCCUCUGCUCUUUAGUGCUGAAUCAGAGCAAAUGUCAAUCUGCAGAAAACCAGAUUGACAUUUCAGCAGUAAAGACAGCUAGCUUCCUGAGGGGAAAGCAGCAGGACAAGUGGAGUCUGGAUGACUUUUUGCUAUUAUAAAUGUUGGACAGGGGAGGUUAUGAGAAAGCACAAGUGCCUUGUGUCCCCUUGGUGAUUCUUGAUAUAAUUCAAAAUAAAAGUUGGAUAUCUCCCAUGGUCAGAUCUGCAAGCUGUCCUUGCAUUGUGACCUUGUGCAUCUCCCAAUGGGGGUGGUUCCAUUUUUUAUCAUACAGACAGAACAAACACAAGGAAUGGGGAAUGCCACCUGUUAUGGAUCAUGUGGUCCAUAACUUUGUAAGAUAGAUUCAUUUUCUUUUAGUUGAUUGCCUGUAUAGCUUUACAUUGCUUGGCUGCCUUGCUUUGAUGGGUUUAAAAGAGAUUUAGACAAAUCCAUGGAGGAUAAGGCUGUCAGUGGCUACUGACCCUGAUGGCCAUGUUCUAGACCAGAGCUUUCCAAACUCUGUGUUGGCUGGAGUGUGUAGGUGUUUUGUACUAACACUCCUUCACUCCUCCCAGGGCUGGAAAUAGGUUGGCUUAACCCCUGGUUUGCUAGUAAAACUGAAUUACUGUGUCACGAAAUGAUAUGUGUAUAAAAAGUGUGUCAACAACAGGAAAAGUUUGGAAAGCUCUGUUCUAGACUGCUGGAGUUUGCUUCUGAAUACCAUUUGCUUGUAGCAGCAGGAGGAAAAGUGCUGUUGUAAUAAUUUAUUAUUACGGUCAGAGACCAGUAAAGAGUGCUGUUGCACUCAGGUCCUGCUUGCAGGCUUUGCAUGGGCAUCUCGUUGGCCACUAAGAACGGGAUGUAGUACUAGAUGGGGCACUGGCCUGUUCCAGAAGGACUCUUCUUAUGCUUGAAUAGAGGAUAUAAUUGUUGGAAAAAUGCUCCUCUGAGCGUCUCCGGAAUGGCAUGUCCCUUCAUCUCCAGAGUGCCUCUCUGCGACACUUUUCAUAUGAAAAGUGCACACAAGUCUUGUAGCAUCAUACAGCAAGAAGAAAGAAACAUCCGUAGAUCUAAACUACAUUUUAUUUACAUUCUAUACAGACAAUCCAUAAUCACGUCUGUGUUCUCCAAGCUCUGGCAGAACAACUGUUGCAUACUGCAAAAGUGAAACCACAGUUACAAUAACACACUCAGACGGAAGAGAUAAGACAGUCUUCCAUUCCCACACUCUUCUCAGACAUCUCAUGUGACUUAUACUAAUCACACUAGCAGCAUCGGCUGCAUAAAAUAUCCUAACAAUAAUUGCACUUGUUCAGUUAUCUAUUUUAUAUAUCCUCUACACUAUACUACAGAGACAGGCAAGCUUUUUUCCCUGCCAAGGGCUGCAUUCCCUUGUGGGACAGCAGUAAGGGACCACAUACAGCAAUGAGCGAAACAUGGGUAGGGACUGAGCAAAAGGUGGGCUAGGCCACUCAUCUAUUAUUAUUAUUAUUAUUAUUAUGCCACCUGACUGGGUUGCCCCAGCCACUCUGGGCAGUUUCCAGCAAAAUAUAAAAACUCAAUAAAACAUCAAACAUUACAUGUCAAACCGAGAAGGCCCUCUGCCUGGUUCCCUGUAACUUCACUACUCACAAUGAGGGAACCACCACAAGGCCCUCAGAGCUGGACCUCAGUGUCUGGGCUUAACGAUGGGGGGUGGAGGCACUUCUUCAGGUAUACAAGACUGAGGCUGUUUAGGGAUUUAAAGGUCAGCACCAACAUUUUUGUUUUCUGUCAUCUCUUUUUCUCUCUUUCUGCAGCUCCUUUCUCUUUUUGCUGCCACUCUUUCCCUUGUCUCCCCAUCAGCUUCCAACCUGAAUGAAACUGAUUCACCCAGCCCUAGCUACAAAACCAGAUCCAGCUAUAUACUGUGUUUCAAGAAACUGGAGGCUGCCAGUCUCUCCCCCACCCUAAUCAAUCACUAUUAUGUGAGGACCUGUCCAAGAAAUCAAAACUAAUGUAACCCCUGCCUGCUACAGACAGAGAUCAUGCAAGUUUGGGAGAGUUUACCAAUCAAUUUGGGCAAGGCCAUGCUUGCUGUUAUAACACUGUCCAUGUGUGUGGCAGAAAUUGUGCCUACAUUUCACAAUUCAAGGGUUUCCAGUAUCACAUGGGGUACAGCUAGGAGCAGGGUAGUUGCUAUGUCUUCAGGAAUGCAUUGAAACUUUUCAGAUUUUUCAGAAGUGGAUGGGGAGGGACCUGUCCAUCAGCCUGUUCUCUGCACCUGCACUGAUUUUUAUUAUGCAUGCUUUCUGCAUUAUUAGGUCUAUGGCAGCCUCUUACACAACUUGUAAUACAGAAUAAUUUAGGGGGGAAAGCUAUGCAAGCCACUGAGCCCCCUCCACACCAAGUUGCAGGAUUAUGAUACUUGUCUCUAUCUUGCAUAGAUCAUGGAGACUGCCUGCUAUGAUUUUAGCAGGUGUUUUCAGGGUUGCCCUAAGUGAACCAUGUCCUCAUUUGUAAGGCUUGGCCAUGCUAGUAUGUAGUAUUUUAGUGCAGUGCAUAUUUCAGAAUAUGACAAAAGCAUGGCAUAUUAUAAGGGCUCCCAAUGUGCAAAUGAGUAGGAUAAUCUUGUCAAUUUCUGCUCUUUUGGUUUUAUUAAACAUUGGAACUUGACUCCAUAUUUAUAAAACCUCUUCCAUUGCUGAUCUGGAAUAAUCAUGGCUGCUGUGAACACUUUCCUUCUGUUCAUGAAAAUGUACAUUCAGGGGCAAAAACAGUAGAAAUGAAAGGAAUGGAGAGUGCUAAAAUAAGCAUAGUGAUUGUCUAGCAUAGUCUUUCUGUUCUCUCUCUUGUUCUGCUGACCUCCUUUCAAAAUUGAUUUUUCAGACUCUUUAUGAAAACCUUUCUUUUUCUCCUAACCCCCACCCCACCUCCAUUUCUGCAAAACUUUUCUUUGAAAUUCAGAGAAUCAGUGCAGCUUUCUGUGGUUUAAGUCAGGUAAGCCAUUUAAUCUUGAAUCAAGAUGCUUACUGGACAACCACACUUAAAAACAAUGCAGAGGCAGGGCAGCCCUACCAUUAGAUAUGAUGGGGCAGUUGCCUCUGGUGGCAGGUGCUGUGAGGUGGGGAGAGCAGCAUUAUGAAUGUAGAGGAUAGAGAGGUGUGUUCCAUGUGGCCUGCCUCUGCCCCUCUGAUCUUACCUGCUGGGUGGAGGACAUUGUCCAUUCCCCAAAAUGGCCCACUCCAGAGUUUAAGUAAAGCUAGGUAGCACCUAGAGCAGGGCUGGGCAACCUUUGGCCCUCCACACAUUGCUGAACUACAAAUUCCAUGGCCACGAUAGGUGGGAUUGAUGGGAGGUGGAGUGCAACAACAUCUGGUGGGCACCAGGUUCCCCAGCCCUGACCUAGAGGUUCACUUCCUCUGGAGUAACUCUUUCUGUUGGACAAAGGGAACUGCUGGAUACAACCCAUUGCUCUGCUUCUGAAGUCUGAACAUCCCACUCUACUCCAGCCACCAGAAGCUGUUUUUUCUUUCUUUCUGAAACGCUUGCUUGACACACUCCUCAGUCCCAUCUCAGCGAGUGUUUCAGAUUCGUAUCAUUUAUGCUUGGUGGCCUUGGGAUGACGGACAUGUUCUAUUUCACUUAAGAAAGGAAAGAGAAAGGGCUUUUUUGUUUUAAGCAACAGAGUAUGUGCUUGGAAUUUUGUAGCUGAACAAAGAAAACAAGACUCUGAAAAGAAUCAGCAUGUUGUACAUGGCAAAACUGGGGCCGGAUAUAAUCACUGAAGAAAUAAACAUUGAUGAUGAAGAAUCGUCCACAGAUACGGAAGGUAGUCCAGGGGCAUGUAACUCGGUGCUUUGCCAGCAGACGAUAAAAGGUGGGUGCUUCUGAAUUAGGGUGGGGUGCCUUUUCAAAAAGUGAGCAUGAAUCAAGUUGAGUUGUACUGUAAUGAGUAAAUGUUUGUCUAGUUGUAUAAGAGAUUUUAGAUGCAUAAUGGGCUUCCAGUAGGAUUUGAAACCAACAAAUAGGGCCCAGACAGAGAUGAAAUUUUCAUCAUUCAUGGGCUCUUACUUUGGACUGGGUCCAAAGCUGGCUUUUACUGAGUUAGCCACUGAUCCAUUUAUUAUUAUUAUUAUUUCAAGAAUUUUGUGUUUUUAUAGUGUAAACCACCCUGUGAUCUUUGGAUGAAGGGCUGUAUAAUAAUAUAUAAUAAUAAUCGGGCAGCAGCUUUUGGGGUUUUCAACAGGAAUCUUUUGCAGCCAUACCUGAACAUGCCAGGGAUUGAACCUAUGACCUUUUGCCUUCAAAGCAUGGGCUUUACUACCGAGAACUGCAGCCCUUUCUAAGGGAUGCCUGGUCUCUAGGGCAGGCUGAGAGAUUCAUGGUGCACUGCUGAGCUGAACUCAAAACAGUUGAGAGCCUGCUGCAUCAGGCCAAUGGCCAAUUAGUUUAGCAUCCUCUUCUCAGAGGCCAGCCAGAUGCCUGUGGAAACCCUGCAAGCAGGAUCCGGGCACAAGAGCACUCUCCCCUCCUGUUUUUCCCAGCAACUGGUAUUCAGAAGCAUUACAGCCUCUGAAUUUCUGGCUUUUCAGACUAUGAUGUCUCUGCAAUGAAAAUCAAACUAAGACAAAGGACCAGACAUGGCAAACUUGUAAUGGUAUCUGCAUGUAAGGCACCUGCCUUCUUAAUAAUUUAAGAACCUAUUGAUGACCGAUUCUUCAGCUUUUCCUGCCGGUGUCUGUCUUUGUGUGCUUAUUGUGUGUGUUUUUGUCUCAAAUGAAAAACGAACUCUUCCCACCACCGCUCUUGAAAAUGUAGAUCUGCGGGAUCAAAUUAUAUCUCUUCAGGAGGAAAAGAAGGCCUUAGCCAUUGAGCUGGAAAACCUGAGGAGCAAAUUAGAAGAAGAAAUUGUGGAUGUAAGUAUUGUGUCAGGAAAGCAGAGAGUUGGUGAAUGUGACGUUGACUUUUUGUGCCUAGUUUUUGGUUUAUGACUGUCCACUGUUAAUUGGAUAAUACCUAAUCCCACAGGUUCAUCAGGAUUGUUAACUGCUUCUUCUUUUUUAAGGGUGGGAGGCUUUCCGUUGUCCGCUUCCCCUCUGAAAUAUCUAUUUUCCUUUUGACGAAUCAUUGUCUGUUGGAUCCUAGAAAAAGGAAUGUGGUAAACAAUAAUUUGUAUCAGCAUCUGAGUGUUUGUGCACUCAGAUGGAUUGCCCCUGUUAUUACAAACUAACCAGACUCCAGUGCAGUCCCAUACGAGGGCUGAACACUGGGGCUUUUAUGGUAGUUUGGGAGGGUUAACCUCUCCCAACCAACUUUUUGUCAGGUCCAGUGUCAGGAUUUUGGAGCUUUGUAUCACAACCAUCAGCUGGCCUCAAAAUCCGUAAGAGGAGAUGAAGGCAGAAAGUAUGACUCAAAAGCACUCUUAACUUCACCAAAGUGGAGAUCAGCAACCCCCUCAUUGCUGUUUGAUGCUAUUGUAUUACCCUGUACAAAUCUGCAGCCAGAGAGAGACUUAGCUGUGUGUCUAUUAGCCUCCUGCCCCCUCCAUCUCCCACAAGCGAUCUUGCUAGCUAAGAUUCUACAUCCUUGUAUACAAGGGCUUUAAAAUCUUGCUGUGUAUGAAGUACUUAUUGCUACUUCUCAGCUCUCGGUUAUUAUUCAGUAAAGCAUUUUAAGGUAUUCCAGCUGUUUCUGUGCAGCUUUGGUUGGUAUGCUGAGCAAACAUAUUAAAAAGUAAAUUCCUUUGAAACCAAGGCAUGUGUCAGAGUAACUUAAGUUUUCUCGGUUAGCUAGAAAAAUUAUGAGCAAAAACUUCUUACAGGCACAUCAGCAAGAGCAGAAAAGAACACGGAAGAACUCUGUACAGGCCAAUACCUAAAUGAAAUACCAGUGUUAGCAUAUUGGUUGAGUUACAGCCAAGUCUCAUACCAUGUAAAUCAUUAAGUGUUUUUGUUUUCCUGAUGAUCUCUGUUAUGUUUUAUGCUCAGUCAGUAGAGCAUGAGACUCUUAAUCUCAGGGUUGUGGGUUCAAGCUCCACGUUAGGCAAAAGAUUUCCUGUAUUGUAGGGGGUUGAGUUAGAUGACCCCUGUGGUGCCUCCCAACAUUUCAGUUCUAUGAUUCUAUGUCUUCCCCUACUACGCAGGCAAAUAAAGUCAAAGAAGAAAAUGCAGUCUUGGCAGCCGAAGUUCAGAAGCAGCAGAAGGUGUUGGAAAAAUGUAACCGAAGUACGUACGUUUGCUUCGUAGUCAUCUUCUCCUCCAGUUUGCUUUCUCAGCACUGCCAUUUGGAGAGCCUUGUUACUGCAGUUCUUCUCCUAUAUAGAUGCAGCAAGGCCCAAGUCAGAAAACAUAUCAUCUAGUUUUGUGUACUCUUUUUAAAAAAUCUUCUUGGUUUUAUUUGAAUAUUAUUUAUAAUUGUUGUAUAUUCUUUUUAUGUACACUGCUUAGGAUUUAUAAAAAAGUAAUUAGUUUAUAAAUUAUUGUAAGUAAAUAAAAUAAAAGCCAGAAUCAGGGGAGCAAGGCUGAUCCAACAGACUCUUCUUACGUUCUUACCUAUAGAACAGUUUUCUCCAUUACUAAACAUUAUCAAUACAUAGCUCCCAGCCCCACAAGUUGAUUGCAAAACACUGGUUCAUGAAAUUGGGGCCAAGCCUGCUGGCUAAAAUUACCCAGAAUGUGCACAGAUAUUGUGCAGGCUCUUUCGUAUUGUUCUGCCCACACAGCUCAACCGGGACUUGAAAGUAGUAACAAUCAACUCUUCAAAAUCUCUUAAUGACUGCUCACAAGCCCUGAUUUUGCAGCAUACUUCAGCUCUAAGAGUCAGUUUUCAGAAUAAUGGCAUAGAAUUUCAAAAUCUAUAUACUCAGUAAAUCCACUGUGUGCCUGGAAGCACUCCCUCGCCGGAGCCAAAACAGUCAAAGCACCAUGGAAAAGGCCCUUUGCAAUAUGAAUUACAAACUGCCAAGAGGCAACCAAUUUUCAACUUGCAUUUCAUAAGGAAAGCUGUGACAGUGAGGAAGAUUUAAAAGAGAUUUGCUGGGCACCGCCAGAAUUUUGUACCCGAUCUGCACUGCCAGAAUAUUGCAAACCAAGAAUCAGGCCUAGUUGCAAAACUCAGUCCUAAUGACCUGCAGUGGGUCAAAGCUGGAACUGGUUAGGACACCCUCUCCUUAUUGUCUCACUGCCUUUUUGCCCCUCCCCAUCUACCUUCCAAUAAGCAGCAGUGAUGCUACCAAUCAGGUGAGCGAGGCCAGCCCACAAUGCUGUUUUAGAUUUUGUUUAGAUUGGGCUUAGAUUGUGUAUAUCUGGCUUCGGUGAAAGGCAAAUUAUAAAUACUUCUAAUAAAUAACAACAAAUCUUUGUUCUGGGAAAAACGCAAUACAUGUUUCCUUACCCCCAGCGAAGCUAUUUGCACAGAAGCCAGUCUUCCACCCCACUGCACUACAGUUCUGGGAUUAUUUAUCCACUAAUGCAGUAUUGCAGCUAAAGCUUUUAUGGUGGCAUGCAACCAUAAAUCUUGUGUAAUCUUGUUUCAUGGCAUGAUACAACAUGUCAUUUUGAAGUUUAUAUAUUUGAUGCACUUUGUAUGUGAAUUGCAAUGGCUUGCAGCUGAUGGUCACUUUUAUUUUGCUUCCUAAUUUGUUGUUCAUCUUUGUGUGUUGUUAUGUGUUGUGGUGUGUUUGGAUUUGUUUUGUCUUUUUUGUGCUUUAAAUAGUGUCUGUACUGGCAGUAGAAGAAUAUGAAGAGCUGCAAGUAAACUUUGAAUUGGAGAAAGAUCUGCGACAGAGAGCAGAAUCCUUUGCACAGGAGGUAUGUAAGCCAACAGAAUCUACAGAUUAAAUCAGGUUUUGAAACAUGGAUUUUAAAAAAUGACCUAAGUAAGGAAUGAAGGUUAUAUAUGCCACAGACAUUAAAUAUGUGCAGCACACAAACAGUCUAGAAUAAGGUGGGGGAGGGGUGUAUUCAUAAGUAAACAAAAGCCAAGAAACAAUGGUCAUCAGUUGGGGGAAUGUUUGUUAUUAUUAUUUGUCCUUUGCAAUAAUGGUCAAUAUUUUACAGAAUGUAUUUUUUUAAUGUAAGAAUACAACAUUAAAAUCAGUUAAGACCAUUUGUAUGUAUGUGUCCAGUCAAUCUGUCAAGGUUCAUAUAUAUGCCACAACUGUAGUAUUUGUAGAUUGUAUGUCUACACAAUUGUAUAUUUUAGCUUGAUACAGGUUUUCUGAAGUAAAGGGCCAUUUACUCCAUAGCGGCUUCUGUUUAUUUAUAAAUAAAUACUGUCUUCUUUCCACUCUGCAGAAGGGUGUACAUUUAUCAUGCUCGUUUUAAGAGUGUCUAGUCCCAGAAUCAGACUAGAGUGCAUCUGUGGCCUUGACCAUAUUUCUGUGACACUUUGGUGUCCUUUUGUGUAGUGCAUGCUUUUGGGUAUGCACAGGGGCUUGCAGGAAACAAAUUAUUGUGUUAAAUUGGAGGCCAGUUAUGAAGUUUGCCAUGUGGCUUAUCUAUCAGCAUUGAAUGUGGCUUAUCUGUAAAGCUGGGGCUUCAUGUGGUAUAUACUAUAUGCUCUCUGGGUUGUGGGUUGGGGUCCUAAUCUGUAAAAUGCACUCAGCUUUUGCUUCAGGGUGGCACCAUAACUCUGUGGUAGAGCACAUGGCUUACAUGCAGCAGGUCUCAGGUUUGAUUCUGCAUGUGGGGUUGGCAAAAACCCCGGGGAGGUUCUUAAACGAGCAAUGCAAAGAAAUAGAGGAAAGAUCAGCUACUUGUUUUAAACAAGAAAAACUUGCAAAAGCACCACGCUUUCAUUUUGAAAACAUGAGUAUCUUGGUUCAGUAGGCAUAGCUUGAUUUUCAGAAGCACUGAACUUCCGCAUCACAAAAUAGAUUUUGGUGAAAUGUAAUCAUCAUGUGCAAGAAAUAGCUCAGGGCUUCAGAAUACAGCCAUAUGCUUAUGACGUGUUGGAUUUCACAUUUCAUUGCCUUGGGAAAUUGGCGUUAGACAACAAGUUCAGGAAAAUUUUUGUUUCAUUUUGUUUCAUUCAAGUUAGCGUCUUGCUAGUAUUUGAAAGCUUGUCUCUUAUAAAUUUAAUGCAGGCAAGCAGAUGCUACAAAAUGUACCGAAUUCUUUCAUAAAAAGUCUCUCUUGUCCAUUGCAAUGCUAACUUUAGAAACCCACCAGUCUCGCAUUCAAAUGAAGUUGAACUUGUUCAAGUCGGGAUAGAGGUGCUCAUCUUACCACACCUGUUGCAAAAUCACUUGCUAAUGUUGAAUUGAAUGACACUAUCAGAUUAAAUUUAAAGCACAGAUAUUAUCCCAUAAAGGUAUGGAGGUGCGCUUGAGAAUAUGUGGGUGAUAUCUGGCAGCAGCGGAGCUAGCCGAUCGGGAGCCUGGGGCGGGGCCAGCUGCCCGUGGGGCCUCCAAGGCGUCUGCCUUCCUCCUCCCACUCAGCCGCCCUACAACUGAGGGGGAGGCAGCAGGCGGACCGUUUGGGGCAGUGUGGAGCCUGCGGGCGCCCACGCCACCGCAUCACUCCCAGGAGAGAUGCGUGGCUUAAGCGUGCUGCAGGCUCCGUGGUGAUUGCCACCCGGCAUUUUGUCACCCCCCUCAAUGAUGACACCUGGGGCAGACCACCCCUCCUGCACCCCCUUCUCCUCUGCCCUUGAUAUUUGGUGCAGCCUGACACUGAGGGUGUAUGUGGGUUGGGAGCUAGGAAAGUUCCGUUGACCUGCCUAUCAUUUUGCUCAAUUUGACUGCCUAUGUGUAAGUAAUAAAGGUUCCAUACACAAUUUAAUAUGUGCAUAAUACAGUUAUUUUUAAAGUGCAAUGCCUUUACUUAUCUUGGUUACUUAGGAUGCCCUUGUCAUUGUGCAACACUUGGCAGACAUUGUAUUUAAAAUCCAGUAUUGAACAUUUGCAUACAAAAGGUCAAAUGCUGUUAUCUGCUUCCUCCACCCCCCCUCAACAGUAGAGGAAAACGCUUAUAAUUUCCGACAGCCAUGACCUCCUUGUAUAAGAAUGUUGCUCCUCUCAUGAGAUUGCAUGCUAUUGAUUCAGAGAUAUCAAUGGGCUUUUUUAGUGACGAGCUCCACAAUAACUCUCAUUUAGAUGCAUUAAUGGCCUUUGGGUUAUUUUGUAAUAACUCUUCCAUUAAUAUGUGACGUGUCUCUAAAUGGGUUGAAAAACCUGCACUUAUGAAAAGAUUCUUAUGUAUAGCCUAGUUCGCAAAGGAUGGGAGCAAGGGGAUUUGCUAUGUGACUAUAAUUAAUGUAACACCCCAUAGCUUCAGUUGUCAUAUACAGGAAUUGGGUGAGGUCAGGGGACAAAUACAUUAGCCUUAGAAUCUGAAACCUGUCACCUGCAGAGUAUAAUGGAAGAUUCAGCUUAUUGGAGGGAGAGUGCCAAGGAAUUCCAUUGUAAAGGAAUCUAAUAUUUGUCAUACUAUGGAGCCAAUCAUAUGGCAAGAUCUGCUGGGUUGAGAAGCUUAGAAUGCAGUUGAUCUCCUGCUCAAUCAGCUGAUUUUAGUCUCAGCUGUCAUUAAGUCCCCAUUUGUGACUCAGCCGAAAAUACAUCGGUGUAACUUGCUCAUUCUGGCUUAGCCAGGUAAGCCACAGCUGCCUGACUUGAAACCAUUGUAAGUUCCAAAAAAGGGGUGUUCUUGGGGGCGGGACCAGAAAAGAGGAACUUAGGCUGCAUCCUAAGCCCGUUCAGCUUGGUCACAUGACCUAGUGACCUGGCAUACAACACUGUUCUUUCUGUGUUUAUUUCUUUCACUACAUUUUCCACAUGAACUCGUUGCAGUGUAGGUCCUUGUCUAUGGAACUGUGAUCAGCACUAUCCAUCAUGACAGUGUUGAAACACCUGUUAGGUUGAAGGGCGUAAGCCAAUAAAUGCCAAAAUCUACCACUCGGCCAUAUUUUACCUCAUUUGCAAACAGGUGAUUGACAAAGUUAAGAGCAGAGAGCACUGGUCAUAUUUCAGUAGAUUUAGAAAUAUAGUCAGAUCAAGUGGUGCAUGGGCUAUUUAUAAAAACAAGCAAGUGUCCAGAUAUCUGAUUUCGUUUCCGUUUUUGUUUAAUGACGUGUUAAUAAGUCAUAUAAGGGAUAGUAAGAAUCUAUCAGCCACCAUGCUGUGGUUAUUUACUGUGCUGGUAAACAAACAGCAUGGAAUUUGGACAAGAAAUAAUGUGGCAUUCUGUUUCUAAUACAGCAAUCCUAAAACACAUUUCUGCUUUUGCUGCACUACAAAUGAAUUACUUAGUCAUUUUUAAAUAAUUACUUUACUUUUUCUUUCCAUAAACAGAAGAUCCUACCUUGUGCAGAAAUAGGCAAUAUUGUCUUUCAUAUAGAUUUUUUUUAAAAAUCCCUCACCUUCUGAUACCAGGCUUAGUCUUACAUCUGUUGUUCAUUAAGAAGGAGUCUUAAUGAAGUAGGAAAGCAACUUCAGCAUAAGGAACGAAAGGAAAUUGUUAUGGAUUUUGUUAUGAGUGCUCAAAUAGAGAGACACCAUCUUUUAAAUAUAAAAGAUUAAUUUGAAAAAAUAUUUCAGUGCAGCACAUGUCCCAACUACCGUAGAUUCCGGUGUAUUAGGCGACUGGGCUUAUAAGAUGACCCCCCAACUUUUGCUGUUAAAUUAUAGAGUUUGGCCACCCGCCAAGCGCUGCCAGGGGCAGAGUGCGCACCACUCCGCUGCCUCUGCCGUCGCAACAGCAGCAGCAGCAGCCCGAGGUGAGGCGUUUGGUGGGCUCCCUCCCGGCUCCCUCCCUCCGGGAAUCCGGCAGUCCCCAUGGUGGCAGGGCAGGCGAGCCCUGGCCAAAGCUGUGCACCACCUCGCCACGGGAAGGGGAGGCUGCCACAGUUGUUGCUUCUUCGGGAGGUGGCCAGGGAUGGAGGUGGGGGGCGGCUCUUACCAGCCUUCUGCCCGUCACCAUUCCAAGUCAGCCGCCGCCACCUGCCACAACCAUACCCAGCGUAUAAGACGACCCCUGACUUUGGAGAAGAUUUUCCGGGGUUCAAAAGUCAUCUAUUACACCGGAAUCUACAGUAAUCUGAACUUCAUUUAGCUAUACCUGAUCACCCAAACGUCCUUCACAUAUUCCCGUGCAGACCAGUGGGCGGCUUGCCCUGCCGCUCCAGGUGCCGGAGCAGCUAGCUACGCCCCUGACUUCUCUGUCCCCAGAAACAAGCCAUUCGAAACUAUAAAAAAAAAUGGGGCAGUGUUUGGGGGUGGGUGGGGGACAGAUCUGAAAUUAGACAGUUCCAUAAAGAUUCCUAAGAGGAAUAGGAAGCUUCUUUUCCAGCUUUUCCACCAUUGUAAAAUAAUGCCUUUUUCCUUUGGAGCGAAUCUAAUAGAAGACUAGGCAGACUUUAGGGUACAGUCCAGUCAUUUGCUCUUAGCAUUGACCUGCUGAGAUCCUGAACGUUUCCUAGAUAGAGGAGGUGGCAAGAUUCUGGUGUGUGCUUGUAGAUUUUCCUGAUGCCUGCUCCAUCUGGAUGCUAGAUAACCAAUUACCCGGGUUUGAAUAAAUGCUGGGCAAAUGAUCUAAUUUGCAAUUUGGUCAUGUUUGGUAGAUGUUUAUUGAACAAAAAACACUGAAGCGGCAAAGUCAGCUUCUCCUGCAAAAUGCUGGCCCCGACGAACAGCUUUUGAAAGCUCUGGAUGAAAAUGCCAAGCUGAAUCAAAUACUGGAGGAAGAGAGGCUGCAACACCAGCAAAAGGUAAGUACUGUACUUUUCAGAGACUGUGGUGUGGCUUUGUUUCUGACACCUGUCUUCCCAAACUGAAGAAUAUAUAGUAAGCAGAAGUAGCUCACUGAGUGGGACAGAGCUUUGGGCCACUGUUGCUUAAUGGGAGGGAGAAGGGGAGAGGUGAGGCAAUGGGGAGGUCAGUGCAGUGCAAACACACCAACUAAGCCAGGCAUCCCCAAACUCAGCCCUCCAGAUGUUUUUGGGACUACAACUCCCAUCAUCCCUAGCUAACAGGACCAGUGGUCAGGGAUGAUGGGAACUGUAGUCCCAAAUCAUCUGGAGGGCCGAGUUUGGGGAUGCCUGAACUAAGGCAAUCUAGCACCCCUGCUAGUGUGUUUGCACUAUGGUUCCCUUUCCCCAACUCCUGUUUCUUCCUCCCAGUAAGCAACAGUGACCCACCUGCCAGGAACUAGGGUGGUGGCUCUAACCCGCCUUGCAAGCCACUUCUGUUUGUAAGUUAUCAAGUUGGUUUAAUUUAGUUUAGGUUGUCCUGUUGACAUAUCACUUCACACAUCCAGAGGGGUCCUGAAGCAAUUUACAAUAAUAAAAUUUCAAAUGCAUUAAAAAGCCAGUAAAACAUUACAAAUAUGAAACACUAAAAGUGGUCGUCCAACUAAAAAGUUGUCUAAACCAGCGUGAAAUAUCCAUCCCCUUCUGCACCAAGACAUUGUUAGUGAGAUUCUGGACUGCACAAUGAAGCUUUAACAGUGUUAACAGCAUCACAAAUAAUUGGGGGGAGGUUCUGACCAUCCAAAGUGGGUGCUGAAGGGGCUAAGCCAGAGGGGCAACGCAGCCAGCCGUUCUGGGGCUGGAAGACCGCGACUGUGAUUCCUGUGAUGCAGGGGGUUGGACUAAAUGACGUUUGGGUCCCUUCCAAAUCUACAAUUCUGUGAUUCUUUGGCUUAAGGAGAAUGCCUGGGUCUCCAGAGAGGAGCUUGUACAGUGGUACCACGGAUUAAGUACUUAAUUCGUUCCGGAGGUCCGUACUUAACCUGAAACUGUUCUUAACCUGAAGCACCACUUUAGCUAAUGGGGCCUCCUGCUACCGCGCCGCCAGAGCACGAUUUCUGUUCUCAACCUGAAGCAAAGUUCUUAACCUGAAGCACUAUUUCUGGGUUAUUGGAGUCUGUAACCUGAAGCGUAUGUAACCUGAGGUACCACUGUAAUUGUUUUGUAAACUCCCUGGUCCCCCCCCCUUUUUUUUUUUUUGCUGCUGCUGCAGCAAACUAAGGACCCGUCCACACUACCAUUUGUACUGUAAUUUCAAGUCAUGGGUCCAAGUGCUUUUAUUUGUCCCAUUGCUUUCCCCAGGGAAAUCCAUUUUUUCCUGCUGAUUCAGAACAAUCCACAAAAAGCUCAGCUGACGUUUGUUCCGAUUUAGCAGUAAACAGCGGGUUCUCCCAAGGAAAGUGGCUGCUAAAAAGAAGAAUGUAUUGGACCUAUGACUUGAAAUCAUGGGACAAGUAUGAACGGACCAUAAGUCAAAUAUUUUCCUUAGUAUGUACACCAAAUCCAGAGUCAUAGUUAAGCUCUCUCCAGACGAAUCAGGUGCUGUAAGUAAGAGCAAAUUUUGAUGCAGGUUGGCACAGUGCAGUAGUAAAAAGAACUGGGCCACGAGCUCUUCUCCAGAAGCCCCACAUGCUCAGACAGUUGUCUAAGGCAGAGAUUGGCUUAGCAUAACAAGUAAAGCAGGCCACUGAGACACCACACUGUGGCCUUUAAAAGGAGGAGGGAGCUUCUGGGUGUCUCUUCAAAUAAACAGGAAGUGUGUUAAAGAAAGCAGGCUAACAAGCUACAUAUGCAAAGUAGGUGAUACACACAUGAACAAAUGGCACCGGAAGUAUUUGGAAUAUUCUGGAGAUGAAUUAUUUGGAUUUCUAUUGGUUUGAAUUUGGUGGAGAUUUUAGCAAUCUACAGUACUGGAAGCAAUUACUAAGUUGUUUGGACAAUAGUUAAAAUUGAAGCCAUGUUAUUUCCCCCAAUUUUUAGGAAUAGUAAAAAGAAAGCAGUGAUUGCUUCAAAAGCAUAAUGCACACGUUUGUGUAUUUAUACAUUGGGAGUAAUUCCCAGAUUCUGGGAAAGGAUUGUUUUCCAAAUUUGUUCAAAUUGUGUACAGGGGCAGAGAGGUCUUUAUUUUACUGUGUCUCAGCCCUUCAACUUGACUAUUCUAUAAUUCACCCAUUGCAAACAGCAGGGGUUAAAGAAAGAGUGUUCAAAUAAUAACAUUUAACAAAGGCAACCAUUUAAUAACUUACAUUAGUGUUUUAUUUCUUGAGAUAAAAAAAACCAUGUAAGAAGGUGUACUCUCCCCUCUUUUAAAUCCUCUUUAAAACAUUUAGGCACUCCAGAAUUGAAGUGUUUUGUAAAAUAAUAAUUGACAAAACAACAUUCUAGUUGAAUACAAACCAAAUUAUGAGAUCUUCAUGGCUCUCCAAGGGGGAGAUUUUUGUCCUGUUCUUCAUAUAUUUUGAUUAACUGCUUGUGCCAACAUUGGGCUAGAUGAAUGGAUUUUCUGAUUUUAAGCAACUGUCAGGCAUCUCAGGAAAUUAACCAUGCUGCAGGUAUAAAAUCUGGCUUGUGAAAUGUGUAGUCCAUGGUUUUCAGUAGUAGUUAGAGUGGAGUGGAGUAUACAAUAGUUCAGACUGUAGCUUCAAAACAGAGUAAUAUCCAACUAAGUCAUACUAAGAGCAGACCUGCUAAAAUCAAUGAACUUGAGUUUCUCAAGUCCAGGCAUCCCCAAACUCAGCCCUCCAGAUGUUUUGGGACUAGGGAUGAUGGGAGUUGUAGUUCCAAAACACCUGGAGGGCUGAGUUUGGGGGUACCUGCUUAAGUCUAUUGAGUUCCAUGUGUCUACUCCAUGAUUAAUGAUUACUCUAAGCCUGGAGCUGGUGUGAAAUGGAAGAAAAAAAUGUCAGUUCUCUUCCUCUGUUGAUCUGCCCUCGGAAGACUUAGGAUGCAGUCAUGGAUCCCACUCUCCCCUGACCACUCUGAGGAUUGCAUUAUAAAAUUGCAUUAUAAAACUUGGAAAUUCUGGAGUAGAACAGAUUUUUAAAAACAAACAAACAAACAACCCAAUACAUCCAUAAAUGCUACAAAUGCUUCCUCAUUUCAAGCAUGUUUUUUAAACCUUGAACUAUUAAGUACUGGGUUUGAAUAACAACAUUUAGAGUAUGGUGGUACCUCAGAAGUCGAAUGGAAUCCGUUCCGGAAGUCUGUUCAACUUCCAGAACAUUCAGAAACCAAAGCACAGCUUCUGAUUGGCUGCAGGAAGCUCCUGCAGUCAAUCGGAAGCCUCGUCAGAUGUUCACGUUCCAAAGAACGUUAGCAAAACGGAACAUUCACUUCCAGGUUUGUGGCGUUCAGGAGCCAAAACGUCUGAAUACCAAGGCAUUCGGGUUCCAAGGUUCGGCUGUAUUCCUGUUGAAUAUUGUCAGGAUCCCAGUUUUUCUACUGCCAGAUAAUUUUUUGUGUUCUAGGGAAUUAUUAGCUUGACUUGGUUGGGUGUGCUUCUUUGUUAAGUUGGUGGGUGGGACAAAACAAGAUCUUGAUUUUCAUUGCAAUUUUGUAUUUGUCCAUAACAGGUUGAAGAACUGGAGGAACAAUUAGCUAACGAAGUCUUGAAUAAGGAAAUCAAAUCCCUUAAACAGCAGCUAGAACUUUUAGAAGAAGAUAAAAAGGAAUUAGAGGAAAAAUACCAGAGUGCUGAAGAAAAAGUUAAAAACCUAAAGCAUUCAGGUAAAAUAUUGAAUAAAUUUGAUACCGUAUUCAAUCUUAGUAUGAUGGCUGUAAAACAGAUAGAAUUAAAUGUGAACUCCAGUUAAGACAUAACCAUGUGGUUUCAUGAUAAUCAGUGCUCGGAAUUUCCAAGCUUUAUUUGUGACUAGAACUUCAUAAUGUUUUGUAAUGUAUGUUUACAAAAGAAAGCAAUCCAACUGCCUCAUACACCAGGCUGUCUCUCUGUGUGUGUUUUGGAUUGAGUGGAAGCAUCCCACUGCUCAUUUCACCUGGCUGAGGGGCAGAGAGGCCUGUUGGUGGUAUCCCCACCAUUGGAAAGUCCCCAAACAGGGUGUUCUAAGGGCAAUGAGGAGCUGAGCCAGCCCAGGAUUGACUGGAUCUUGAUCCAGUCCUCCAGUCCUUGUGGCCAGCACUGGACUUGAUCUGCACCCUGUCAGUGCAUCAGCCUGGAGCUUGUACAGGGCUUGGUUGCCCUCCCACCACUGUCUCUGUGGCCACCGUGAAUGACUGGCUUGUGGAUGUAGUUGCUCCACAGGCAGGGGUGAGUGAGUUUGGAUUGCAGCCUUAGCUAGGUGCACUUAUUCUCCAUUCAAACCAGCAGGACGUAAGUUGCAUCACGACCACCUUGUCUAACCCUUUUGUAUUCACUCAGUUGGUAUUCUUUCUUCCAAAUGCAAAAGUCACAUAGGGAUUAAAAAAUAUAUCCUCACAACAUUCUAGUUGCAGAAGUUAUUAGUAUAUUCCAAGAAAUGAUUUAGCGCUUUGCAGUGAGAGUUGGGAAGCAACAACACGUUAUGUGCCCUUGUGCCACUGACAUUUUAAAAAGUAAAUGCUGUGUCGAAGGCUAUGCAGAAGGAAUUAGCUUUGCAACUCCCAUGGGUGUUAAUGGCUAAAAUCCAUGGGAGCUGUGUGGCUAAUUCCCUGCACAUCAGGCAAAACAUUUACCCCUCACUAUCUGACUGUAGAAACUGUCUGACUUGCUGGCUAUUAUUUGUCCAGUUUAUAGGCUAAAGCAAGACAUCAGGAGCACUGACAAAACCACUUAGAAUGCAUACAGUAUGGAUAAACUACUGUAAUUUAGUUGUUACCAAAGACUUAUUUGCCAGGAUGGUGCCUGACCAGCUUACAGCAUCGUACCUAUUAAAUGCUAAAAACUGUAAUUUACUACUCUUUAUCUAAGAUUGCCAUUUCUUAAUAAAUUCAAAAUACAGUUACCAGCAGGGGAAGUACUGUUUAACUAUCCUAAAGCAGCUGGAUUACGUGGAUGGAAAAUGUCAAAAGAAAAACAUACUAAUGCCUUUGUGCAAGGUCCUAAAACUGUUUUACAGUGUUGUGUGUUAAAUUAAUCACAGCGUUGUAAAGUGACUAGAAAACCUAUGGAAAUUACCAAGGGAACCCACUCAGGGACCACUAUAGGACACGAAAUAAAUUACCUGAGUAUAUGUAUUGACUACAUUUCAACUUGAUGGCGUCCUUUAAUGGCUGCCACAUUCAGCUAUUAUCUGAACGAUAAAAAUAAUGGUUGUUUACUAUAUCAAAAAGUGAGAAGGAAGAAGCCACUAAUGAUUCUUCAGGGAUUUCAAAGUGGUAGCAUGCCCACCAGAGCUACGUAUUAUGAAAUACGAGUAAAGAAAACCAGUUAUCAGUACAAAAACAUUUAGUUUUAAGAGCCAAAGCUGGUUGCUUUUCCCAGCAUGCAAUUUUGUGUCCUAGAUUUAUCUUCCAAGUUUAGCAACAGAGACCAGCCGAAAAGGACACUAUUAAGUUGGACCCAUGAACUCAGAAAAAAGAGAGAAAUGAUGCUUCUAUGGAAUCCAUACAGUUUAUUUGACUUCAGUGAUCAAAUGAUCCUUUAUUUGCAAAGGGCCUGGAUCUAGAUCUUUUCAUCCCUCCUAAUUGUUACUCCAACACUCCAUAAACAUUGAACAUGCAAAAAGGAAACCAUAGACUAUAUAUUUAGGGAGUGCUAUGGUCAGAGAGGUGUUUUCUCCCCGAAAACUAAGCAGACAGCUUCUUUACUUUUAGGAGCAAAAGUCUGGCACAUGACGGCGACAGCCAUUACAUUUCCUCUCAUACUUGAAUAAAAAAAAUUCUUGCUUCCUCAUUAGGAUAGCACUAGGAACUGCUGUCCCUGUUUGUGUUGCUCGCUAAGCCCACCUACAGGAGGAAGUGGGUGGCAGUGCAGGGCAAAGAAGGGAAAGACUUUGUCCUCCUCAUUCCCCUCUCCAGUGCAAAUGGCAGUGGGCUCUUAGAUUUGGGGACAAGCUGUGAGGGGGGAGUUUGGGGUGAACUGUGGUGUGUGUGUGUGUGUGUGUGUGUGUGUGUGUGUGACAAGGACAGGGAGCGUGUGAAAGCCUGCCUGGACCCAGCCACUUGGCUGCAGGUGGCAGUGGUAAAACAGGGAAUGUGGGAAGACUUGCCUGGGCCACCUGGCUGCCUGCUCACUCAUCGACUUGCUCUGCCAUCCUGCUCAGUCGAGUUGCCUGCUUGCUUUUCUUGCUAUCGGUCCACUUGCUAUCAUGCUAUAUACAGUUUGCAUGGUCGACUGUUGACAACCGCACAAAUGGCAGUGUGAUGACAUUUCCUCCUUACAAAAAUACUAAUAUAAGAAAACAGACAGUGAUAGAAAAGAGAGGCAGUGAUAUCUUCAUCCUAGUUAUUUUAAUAAAAUCUCCAAAAUGCAGGUUUCUCAGGUUUUGAUUUUUGUUCUUGUUUUUUUUACAAUGUGAAAUUAUUUCUGUAUAGGGUACUAACUUACUGACUCUCAGUACCUAAUUGAUUCUGACAAGCUGUAUCUGGGGUUUCACAUAGUCCAUUGGGCUGUUAAUCCGUUUGCAUUUUAAAGGACUUGCUUUUUAUUUUGCCAACCCCCUGCAUGCAUCAUUUAAAUACACACGGGUAGAGGAGCAUUUUAGCUGAGGACUUGAUUCUGUCUCUGUGCAGUGGAAGAGCUUCAAAAAAGAAUACACCAAUCAGAAAAUGUUAUACCACCACCACCACCUCCUCCUCCUCCUCCUCCUCCUCCUCCUCCUCCACCUCCUGCACCUCCAAAUCCAAUAAGGUAAGUAAAAUUAUAUACUUACUGAUUCUUUACACUGUUUGCUUAGACAGAAGCAUGAGUGGCCAGGAUGAAGGGGCUGCAUUACAGCCCUGGCCUCCUGAUAGUGACAUUGCAACCACUUACUCAGGUGGCAGGGAGGUCAGAGCUGUGCAGGUGAGUGGUGGGGGAACUGGAUUGUCUCCACAGGUGUGCCCUCACAGUGCCAUGCUCCUCACCACCUCUCUCCUCUCCCUUUCCCUUCUGGUAAGUGGCAGCAGUGCUACUGCUGCAUUGCUGUGAUCCUCUCUGCCCACUGCUCCUGGUCAGAAGUAUAUGAUAUUAGGACAGGAGUCGGCAAAGUGUGGCCCAUGGGCUGGAAGCAGCCCAUGGAGGCUGUUUAACCAGCCCACAAGCCACCCCAGAACCGAGCCACCCACUCGGCGAGUCCUGGCGCACUGCGGUAACCCGGCACAGGUCUCUUCCGCGGCUUCAGAAAUCGCUUUUGUGCAUGCGCAGAUGCCAAAAAUCGCUUCUGCACAGGCAUGAUUUUCGGCAUCUGGGCAUGCGCAGAAGCGAUUUCUGGCAUCGCAGACAUGCACAAACGCGAUUUCCGGCGCUGCGCCAGUCUGACCCACGAUCUCCACAGGAGUGAUCCGGUCCAGGUAAGGUAAACCUUGCCGACCCCUGUUUUAGGAGUUAAUUAUAAGCAUAUUGAGGAUAAACAUGCACUUUUGCCUCCUAGGAAGAAAAACAGGUUGGGUGACUGGAUGAAACUAAAUUAAAAUACAUAUACUCAGUUCACAUGUAAUUUCUACAAAUUUAACCUGUUGCAUAACCCAUUCUGCAGGACAAUCAGGCUGUUAAUACCUGUCUGCUUUGGGAGUUGGUGAGCUCUUUGCUGGAGGUGUUUGGUCAGAGGCUGGGCAACCAUCUUUCAAGGAUCCUGCAUUAUAACAGGAAGCUGGAUUAAAUGACCACCAAGGUCCCUUCUAACUCUAAAAUUCUAUAAUUAUAUUAAUGAUCCCAUCUACUAGCAGUAUAUCCCGCUGCCUAUAUGCAGGUGAUUUCAGGAAUCAGCCAUGCACUGCCAUUAAGAAGUUUGGAGUUAUUCUCUUUGUUUCAAAGCAAAAUUAUGGCAGAUGGUUUACAGCGGUCCUGGGACAUUGCCUGAAUCCAAACCCAUUAAAACAUAGUAAUUGUUAGCUGUGUGUGCUUAGCAUUCAGCAAGAACAGACAUUAUAACAUAGGGGGGAAAUUGAAAGGAUGAAUGCUUCAUUGCAAUUUAUUGUUCCAAACUUUCUGAACAAGAGUGGUUUUCAAUACAUGUAUCAAUGUGUAACUUAAAUAUGUGCAGUUUUAAUGGAAACCUAGCCUGCCAUAAAGCAUCCAAUUCAGUCACAUGAAUUCCCAAAUAGCCCUGUUUUGUAAGCCUCCUGUUUCCACCUUCCUUUUGCCUCAUGUGAUUUGCUUAAUCUUUUUACUCAGCCCAACUGCUUUAUUUACUUCCAGUGCAAUUUAGGUCUAUUUGAAGAGAACAGCUACUCCGUUGAUUCUUUGCAUGCCAUGCUCCCAGUGUGCUCAGUACUGUAUCUCUUAAAAGCCUUUCUGUGGUAUUCCAAAACCAGGCAGGAGUAUAAUCCGUUUUAAAUCUAUGAAGUGCUUAAUGCAGAAUAAUAUUCACACAUGAUCUAAAGCCUGGAUGAAGGCACACUGUAGGUUUGCGUUUUCAACAACUGAAUGAAUGAUAUCUUAAAUCAUUAUAAAGCUAUUUAUUGUCUGUUUAAGAUAUUCUGUUUUUUAAUGUUUGAUGUUUUAUUGUGGUUUUAUAUAUGCUGUAAGGAAACCAAGCCAGACAGGUGGGAUAUAAAUAAUAAAAUUGUUGUUGUUGUUGUUUAUAUGCUGCCCAUCUGACUGGGUUGCCCCAGCCUCUCUGGGCGGCUUCCAGAAAAAUAUAAAACACAAUAAAACAUCAAACAUUAAAAUGUCCCUCCGCCUUCAGAUGUCUUCUAAAAGUCAUAUAGUUGUUUAUCUUUUGGACAUAUGAUGGGAGGGUGUUUCACAGGGUGGACGCCACCACCAAGAAGACCCUCUGCCUGGUCCCCUGUAACUUCACUUUUCACAAUGAGGGAACCGCCAGAAGGCGCUUGGUGCUGGACCUCAGUGUCCAGGCAGAAUGAUGGGGUUAUUAUUAGUUAUUUUUAUUAUUUUUUGUGUAACCUAAAGCAUUCCAGAUCUAAAAUUGAUAACAGAUUAUGGAAGAUUUUUUGCAUGCUUUCUUACAUUUGAUGAGCACAGUUACUAAUAUCUCAGAAUAGUAGCUAUAUUUGCAUCAGAUAGUCUGCUGGACACACUGAUUAAACUAUUAACGUAAAACUUAAUGAACCCUUAACUCUUGUCUGGUUCCUGGUAGUGAGAUUGAAGUUGGAAAGGGCUUUGAUUCUAGCUUUAUAUACUUUGAUUCUAGUAUAUAUACUUUGAUUCUAGUAUUACAUACUAAUAAAGAAGAUAUUUAAUGGGAAAAAUAUUUUCUCUUUUACUCCCUCCCUACACCCUAGACUUAGUCUUGUGUUCCUCCAACCAUCUACCUUAUUUAGCAAUUCUUUUAUAUGCAUCUUCAUGCUGGUCUUUUAAAUCAUUCUGAACUUUCAUGUAGUUGAUAUACAAGCCAUCUCAUUUCUACACAAAACAAUAUCCUUUAAUUCUUUUGAGGUUAACACUGGCGUUUGUGUUUUCAUUUUUAGUCUCUAAUAAGUCUCUAUUCACAGGUCAAGUAGCUGUCUUUAUGGGGGUGGGGGUAAGCUGAAAGGAAUUUUGUUUAUUCUUUCUCCUUCCAUAAAGUUUUGGGUCAGCUAAGUCUUAUUAAUAAGUCCAAUAUAUAUAUAUAAAAUCACACCAAUUACACCAUUUCAGGGUGUUAAAUUAACAAAUUGUAAAUUUGUUUUUGUAAAGGUGUUAAAUUAGGAGAUUGUAAAAUUGUUUACUCACAAUAAAGGAAUUUUUUUAAAGUGAUCCAUUAAACAAAUUGAGUUAUGUCCUGUUGUCAAUGCAACACCCCAUCAUUUGCUCUCACUUGCUAUGAUAACAUGAUUGGCCAAAGAAACAGGAGUUAUCCAGUUAAUUGCAGUUGUUUCUUUACAUGAUAGAAAAUUUUAGGUGGCGAAGCCCUCCUGCAGACCAAACAGCCUUUUGCUCAUGUGCCUCUUCUCUUCUGUUGCCUUGUCAAUGUGUUAAAGUUUUGGUUAGGUUGCUUUUGUUUUUGUUGCAUCAGUGGCGGAGCUUCAUGCUCCUGCACCAGGGGGCGGAGAGCAGGCAGGGGCGGGGCUUGCGUGCAACCUGGGGGCGUGGUGUGCCGCCCGUAGGGGUGUGCCGCCCAGCGCGGGUGGGGGGCAGCCACGAUGGGACCCCACCAGGAUCGCGCUGCCAGGGACGGGGCGCUCCCCCUGCACGCCUCUUCCUCCACCAGUGUGUGGGACAGGCUUACUUAAAAAGAAUAAAAAGAGGCCAUAUGCAUGUACGUAUAUGUUUGGAACCACGGUACUUGAAGAACCAAUUUGUUUUGUACAAUCCUGCCCAAGAAUUGAGAUCUUCCAACUGCCUCUUCAGUGAUUCAUACGCUGAUAGUGUGUGAAAGGGCUUUUUCUGUGGCGGCCCCACCACUUCAUGUCCUCACUCUUUUCUCAAUUUGUUUGUAUUUUAUAGUGUGUGUGUGUGUGUGUGUGUGUGUGUGUGUGUGUGUGUGUUGUUAUACCGUCAACAUCUCUGAUCUCAUGGAGGGAGAAUGGAAAACAAAUAAAUUAAAAUAGAUAAAUAAAUGCAUCUAGAUUCCUUUUAAGAGAGACAGGGAUAGGCAUCCUUUCUGUCCAUUAUACUUGUAAUAGACAUUGCACUAUUGUCACUGGCAUACUUCACAAAGGAUAAAAUAUGGUUGGGGCACACUUUGAUCCUUUUUAACACAAAGAAUGAAAAUUGGUCAAUUUCAAUUUAAUCAGCAUGCAACCUGUCAUGCAGGUUAGCCUUUAUGCUUUGGAAGUGUUCUUGCCGUUCUCAAAUGUGCUUAUCCUCCAAACAUUGCAGGCAAUUGUGGUGGCUGUUUCAAAGAUCACUGGAUUGAUUUAUUCAUUUGCCUGCCAUUUAGCAUUUUAAAAGGUGCUCAAGACAUCCAGGUACAGACACAUAAUAAUAACAACAGCUCCCCCUAUUCCCCCCUUUAAGGCAUUUUGAAAGCUUUUUGUAUUAAAGUAAAAGGAAAAGAGGAAGGAAUGACAGCAAACCUCUCAUAUUUGGUCAAAUAUUGACUUGGCAGUGCCUGUUUAAGAUUAAUAUCAUGCCUUGCAGAUUGAACCAAAAGCAUAGAUAAUGUGAGGGUUUUUAUUUUCUGUUCUCAUUUUGUUUGUUUACCAGUAGCCCUAUUCCAGCAAAUACAUACUGUCGAAACGAGGGGACAAUAUAGAGGCUCCCUGCUGGGUGGCAUUGUUCUCUGGAGUGUAAUGCGUUAUGUUAACGUUCCUAACCCUUCAAUUUUUUAUUGUGUGAGAAGGCUUUAUUUUGUCACACAUGUCACGGUGCCAUGUUACCUUUUAAUAUUCAGAUCUUGAGUAUUUUGCACUAUGCCUUGUCAACAGCAAUCGUAUAACAAAUAAUACGUUCUGUGUAUUUUUUAAAUCUUUUUUUUAAAGGAGGUGUGACAUAUCUGCCUCUGCCUGGAAGUGUUUGAACACUCAUGUCAAUUAGAAAGCUUAGCUGUUUGUCGGUUAAUGCCAGCUCUUUCCACAAUGCAUGUCAUAGGAACAGGCCCCGAUCCUACAUGUGUUUGUUAUGCCUUCUCAUCAAAUGGGACUACGGGCAACGAAGCAUGCUAAGUUGGUUCUGAAAGUGCAGGUGUCAGGUUCAAGAGAAAGCUUGAGUGACUCUCUUCCAUCUUUACUUUGUGAAAGGUCGCUGAUGUCAAUGAUUCGUAAGAAGUCUCAUGCAAAUAGCAGCCUGGCGAAGAAAGAAAAGGCAUCUCAGCAAGGCUCAGGUACAGCACAUUUUCUUCCCAGCAAAAUGAACCUUGUUCCUAGUUCAAUAAGGUGAUAUCUGAGCUUUUCAUUUCACUUCACACAGUGCAUCAUCGGAACUAUGGAACCUUUUUGCGUUAGAGGUAGUGAUGUCCACCAUCUUGGAUGGGUUUAAAACAGGACUGGGCAAAUUCAUGGAGGAUAAGGUUAUCAAUGGCUGCUAGCCAUGAUGACUAUGCUCUGCCUACAUGAUCCAAGGUAGUAAUGCUUCUGCAUACCAGUUGCUGCAAACCAUAGGAGGCAAGAGUGCUCCCGUGCUCGGGUCCUGCUGAAAUCUGAUUGGCCACUGUGAGAAUGGGAUGAUGGGCUAGAUCAGGCAUCCCCAAACUCGGCCCUCCAGAUGUUUUGGGACUACAAUUCCCAUCAUCCCUGACCAUUGGUCCUGUUAGCUAGGGAUGAUGGGAGUUGUUGUCCCAAAACAUCUGGAGGGCUGAGUUUGGGGUGCCUGGGCUAGAUGGACCACUGGUGUGAUCCAGCAGGGCUAUUAUGCUCCUAUGUUCUUGAAUUGUAAGAACCAUCUUUAGCCCUUUUCAGUCAUUCAGGCAAUGAGGAGGGUUGUGUACACUAGCUCCAUCCAUAUCCCAGUGCCCAUCUCCCGUGGCCUUCCGCGUGUUGGAGGGCAAAUAUGUGCAGCAGGGAGCCAAUUUAGGACUGUAGCUGUGUGUCUUCAGGUUCUGAACCACCAUCUCCACAGUCUUCACUGUGGCAGCCCCUAAUCUGUAGAACUCCCUCCCCACAGAGGUGUAUCUGACACCUUCAUUAUACAGCUUUCAGUAAAUGCUGAAGAUGGCACCUGUUCACCUUGGCAUUUGACACUUGAGAUGUAUAUUUUUUGGACCCACCUUAUUUUUGUAAAUCAGAAACUGCUAGUAGAAUUCCAGGUUAACUUGGUAGCAAGUCAAAGCAUUGAGUGAGUAGUAGCAUGAGCACCUAAUAUGAGCUGGCAAAGUAAUAUGAAAUAUAUUAAAAUAAUUUUAAAAAAAUAAACAUUUCCCUUCCAAAUCCCAUCCUUAAUUCUAGCUUUAUAACUUCUGUGGUACGGUUUGGAAAUCAAUAUUCUUAAGCAGUGUGAGUCAGGAAGGCUCUUUUUGGCUCUUUGUUUUCCUCAGUUUACAAUGUAAGGAAGGAACCUCUUGAAAGAAAGGAAUUUAACUUUUUUGUUGUUUUGCAACAGGAGAAGUAUCGGAUCUGAAGAGACAAGCUGUUGAAGAAAUGAUGGAUAGAAUUAAAAAGGGGGUUCACCUUAGACCUGUUAAUCAGACCAACCGUUCUAAGACAAAGGUUUGUUAACAACUUGCAUGUAAAACAUGCCGGGGGGAGAACUGUGUUAUUAUAAAAUACAUUCUCUGUUCCAGGAGAAUAGAAGGGUCCUGAAGCUCCUCUAGUGUAGUGUGCUUCAACCUUAAGUCCCCAAAUAUUGUUGGACUACAAGUCUCAUCAUCCCUGCCUAUUGAUAGAUAAACUGUAGGUUGCUAAAAAGUAAUCAGAGGGGGAGGCUCACUCUCCCAACUAUCUCUUCAAACUGACCCCUAGCUAAUGCCUGUGAAAGCAAGAGCUUGCCAUAAUCUGUCAGAAGGAAUGGGGUUGAUUAUGUUGGGCAGGAGGAAAGGAGGGUAACAGCCGCUGAGGCACUCCAACCUGGACUGCAGAGUUAAUGCAGCGUUAUAUGACUAAGUUAUAAGACCACACUCAUUGACCCAGGCUGAUAGCAAAAUAAUAACUUUUUUGAAAGUUUCCCAAACCAUUUUCUACUAUUAAGGUUCAUCUGAUUUCUAUUACUUCAUUCAGAAGCAGUCACUGGGUGAGAUCAAAUUUCUGCGCUAGCUUCCUGCAAGGUAGGUCACUUCUGCUUACUGAGGUGGGGGGAGGUCAGUGUUGUGCAAACACACCAGCAGAGCCAGUUCAGUGCUCCUGGUCAGCAUGUUUGCACCACAGCAACCUCCCUUCCACCCCACCCCACUCCCUCCUAGUAGGCAACAGGAACCCACCUACUGGGAAGCUAGCAUAGUCUAGCGUAUUUCUUUGUGGUGAAAACCCUCUUCCAAUAGCCUUGCCUCCAGUUUUCCUCUUUUGCACGCCUUAAGUGCUUUAGUCAACGUCUGCAAAAUCGCAUUACCUAGAUGGGUGUUUUGUUUUCAUUUACAGCCAGAAGUACCCAAACCCUCUGAGAGUGCAAUGAAAGAGUUAAAGGGAAUUCUGGUAAGAAAAAGAGAGAAAACGACAACUUUGCAUUAUACUUUGUGUCCUUGUGUCAUUGCUGAAAAGUGCCCCAAGGGAAAGAAGAUGGGCGGAUGUAGACAGAUGUUCAGAAUUAUGUUUUCUUUUUCUUACUUAAUUAUGCAAGCUCAUGUGACAUUCCAAAGAUUUCACCUAGGGAUGGGGAAGAAAUUCUGGUCAGAUCACAUUUAAUGGUGAACCUACCUAAUUCUCACUUUCUGAAACAUGCCCAUCAUUCAAAUUUUGUGCUUCUCCAUUUUACAGUGCAGUUAUCCAGCCAAGCAAUGGGUAUAAAAAUUAAUAUACUAGGGUAAAAUGUGUAUGUAAUGCAUACAUGUGUGAAAAUAAAAUUAAAAAUGCACUAUAUCAGGGGAAAUUGUAUGCAAAAAUGUGUACAUUAGGAGAAAUCGGCACUUACAUGCCGAGGAGACCUUUUUUAAAAAUCAUAAAGUAAUAUGGAAAUGUGGAGAACCUAAUUUAAGAUUCAGAAAAUGAGAAACUGAAAUUGACAGAUUUACGCCUGCCUAAUUUCAGCUGAAUCUUAGUACCUGCUCUAAUAGAUCUAACUGGUUCCAUGCAAAUCGCUUCACUAUGAAAAGUAAAAGGAACACCCGAUAAAACCAACUUCUAGUGCAUUCGCCAGGCUAGUUAUUAGCACAGUGAGACAGGAAAAAUAAGGUUGGGAAGUGUAAAGCUAAAUCCUUAUAUGCAUAUUGUUACUGUGCUAAUUAUGCAUUUUGUGUAGGUCUCCGUAUAAUUGUUGUAAACAAAGUGAUAUUAAUUUGUUCCAUUUCAAGCUUGAUGUAAAGCACCCUACUUUAUUUCCUUUGCUACUAGAUCUGUAGCAUGAGCACAAUACCAAGGAGUUACGUGUUAAUAAUAUGCCUCCUCUGUUAAAUUCAGAAUACUAACAAAAUGCAGGAUUUAAGUUAAUUGAAGGAAACAUUGGAAAUUAAGUGCUGUUUUGCUGAAAACUUGAAAGAUGUGCCAAUUUUAUGAAUUAAUGUGCUGCAUUUUCCAUUUUCUUCCCAAUAGUCAAGAGAAGCAUGAGCACAAUUGAGGUUUUACAUGUGCAGGCUAGGAAAUGUAGUUUAGUAUUGGCCCCGCACCAGUUCCAUGGGGAAGGAGACUAACUCUAAAAGGUGUUUGAAGAAUUUGCAGUUGUGUGGCUUAAUACAUGCUCUCAACACAUGCCCAUUGGCUGGUUUGUGCCUCCCAUGGAAGGUUAACUGGGUAGAUCACACUUCAUUGUGUGAUAGGGUGGUUCCUACUUCCUUAAAGGAAGCAGUGAUAUGGCCAUUCCUGAAAAAACCAACCCUGGACUCACAGGUUUAUUCCAGCUGCUGCCCAAUUACCAAUAGACCUUUGUUAGGCAAGGUGAUUGAGAUGGUGGUAGGGAUUCAGUUACAGAUGCUCUUGGAUGAAGCUGAUUAUCUUGACCCAUUCCAACCCUGGGCUCAGACCAGAAUUAGCCUUUGUAUUUCUGAUAGAGGACCUUCUUCAGGAGAGGAACAAGGGUGUGUAAGCCUGAUGAUUCUGCUGAAUCUGUUGGUGGCUUCUGAUGCCAUUGAUCAUUGUAACAUCUUGGACUGUCUCUAUGAGUCAGCAGCUGAGGGCACUGUUUUAUGGUGCUUUCACUUCUGCUUACAGGGUCAGUUCCAGAAAGUAGCAUUAGGUGAGUGUGCCUUAACACUCUGUUAGUUGAUCUCUGGGGGACACUGCGCAAUUUUGCCUCUAGUGUUAUUUGAUGUCUAUAUGAAGCUGCUGGCGGUGGUCAUUAGGAGAAUUGGGGCAAAGUGUCACCAGUAUGCAACAGUAUAUCCUGGUGCCAAGCCAUUCAUAGAUUGAAAGCAUCAUCUUGAAUUGUACAUAGAAACAAACAGGGAGUCAGUGAAUUUAUUAUUAUUAUUAUUAUUAAUGCUGUUAAGAUAAGUUCCAAGUGACCAGUUCCAGUCAAUAAUCAGGCUACUAUAUUCUGAGCCAACUGGACUUUUUAUGUAGUCUUCAAGGGCAGCCCCAUGUAUGAAGAAUUUUUGGUAAUCAAGUCAGGAUUACAUGCUUUCCAGCAAAUUUUGAUGUAUGGUUAUGGCAUCUUCUACUGACUGUCACAUGGCCGACCAUUUUACUGAUAUAUUUUAUUUUAGGAAACGAUGAAUACAUCUGCAAGUUCAAGAAGCCUAAAAUCCCUUGAGGCAGAUAGUAAUGAAACAGAAUUAGAAAGAAUUUUGCGGCUCAGGAAGGUGACGACUGAUCAAGAUAAUAGCAGUGAGUUACCAAGAUAUUUUCUGAUCCUGCAACUGAAUUAUGUUAUCUCUUCAAUGCUGUUCCAAAGGUCUAAUUGCCUUCCUUUUGAAACCUUUAACAUUUCAGUCCUCAUUAAUUGAGUGAGCUCUGAUUGCUUUCCUGGCUGAUCUAUGGUCUUAUAAGAGCUGCACUCUAACAUCCCCAGCAUUGUUCAGUAAAGCCAUUCUAGGCAACCUUCUGCUCUGAAGUUCAGACACUGACACUAAAGCCAUUGUGAUCCUUUCCACCGAUAUGCUUUCUUUUCAAUAGGUUCAUAAAUUAACACCUGUGUAGCAUAGGAACAAUAACUGAUAGUUAUCAUAUAAGCUUGUACAUUAGGAAUAUGAUUUCAGACUCAUAGGAAAUAAGAAAACCUUAUUCAUUGUUCCAAGAGCAGUUGUACAUACAAAAAAAAUUCUAAUUAUUUUCCAGAGUGAGCACAGCCAGAUAAUACAUCAGGGAAGAAAACCUUGAAAAAGUGAGAGGGUGUGUGUGUGUGUGUGUGUGUGUGUGUGUGUGUGUGUGUGUCUUAAGUGGCACAGUCUUCAAUAGAAAGUGGUGCAUAUAGUGAUCAAAAUUGAUCUGGACUAAUUAAUGCUUUGGCACAAUGCCACUCUAUAAGUAUAUAAUAGUGUAAUUUAAUAAUGCAGAUGCUGUAUUCUUUGGGUUUUAGAUCCAAUUGGAAUAUUGGCUUCUUCUGAAUCCAAAUCUAUGCCAGUGUUGGGUUCCAUUGAAACACAGUCUGGAUUGAACAAGAAAACUCUGGCAGCAGAACUUGGUCCCAGUUCUUUGGGGUCAGAUGAAAAGUGUCACAAAAUGGUUGAAAGCACAAGUUCCGACAUUCAGUAAGUAGUUUAUGUUUGUUGAUGCUUCCCCUUGCAAUGAGAUCAAAAGUCAUUAGGUCUUUCAAAACCCCUCCAUUCAAAAAAUAGGGGUUGACAUUGCAAGAAGAUCUAGACGUGUAUGACAGCAGGUGUAAAACUAUGACUUCCUGUUCCUGCUAGCACUUUGUUUUUAAAUCCUUCUCAGUGGAAAACACCAAGCACAGUGCAGAAAAUAACAUUUGCAUUUUAAAAAAAGAUUGUGAUUACUCCUCAUAUUCACUUGUAUGAUUUCUGUUCCUGACCUUGUACGAAGAUGAGAAGUGCAGCAGUAUUUUUUUUCUCUCUCUCUCUUUCUCUCUCCCUCCCCUAUCCCUUUUACACACUUUAACUAAGAGUGUCACUUCCAAACUCAGAUCUCCUUAAAAAAAAAUAAUAAUCCUCUAAAAUAUAUAUUCCAUUGUUGAGACUAUUAAACAGCAACCUGCCAACAAACAAAUUGACAGAUGGAAGCAGAUAAAGACCAUUGGGAGACCCUUCCCUAAUUUGGCCAUUAGCCUUAUGGACAAACAAGGUACCAAAGUAGACUGAAGCACUUGCAUAUCUCAGCUGCGGAAACUGGAAGCAUGAAAAAUUAUUCCAGUGCUGGAUCUUAGAGCCUUCUAGUUAAUGCCCUAAGUUUAAUCUAGUUGAGAUAACAAAGGCUUUGGGCAUUACUCUCUGUGAAGAUGGAAAACUGAAAUAUCACUCUUUAUAUCAUUAAAUGUCAUAAUAUGCCGCCUCUUAUUUGUAUUUCAUUUUUCAGUGUUUGGGAUGUAUACAUGUUCCCAUUUAAAUGACAGCUGCAGUUCUUGGGUUGCCACAGUCCUGAAUAACUGAAUUAUACUACUGCAAAUUAGCCAUUAACUAUUUAGACAAUAUAUCUCAGCAGCAGUAGCAACGCAUAUUCAAUUUUGCCAGGAAUAUGUGUAUUUUCUUAGCCUAAGAUGCAGCUGGCGAUGCAACUUUUAAUCAGCGGUAAACAGAAUGCUGAGCUACCUGGAGGUGUUGUGAUCAAGAGCUUUGAAGCUUCCAUCUGUUUGGCUGAAUAAAUCCGCAGUUUGGUUUGCCCAAGGUAUUACCUGACUGUACAUUUUCUUUCAAAGUGCUGUUUAAUCAUCAAAGAGUUAAUCCUGCUUCAGAAAUGCACACUUCAGACAGAUCCGGUCGAGGGUCAGUUUGUUUUAUAACAAUCCCCAGCUUUCUAUAAACUUCUCUGAUGCUUUCAGUUUGGUCCUCUUUCCAGGAUGUUAGGCAGUUUAUUACUUAAAGAGGGAAAAAGGAAAUAGGUGAGACAAAUCAGAUCAGCAAAAUGUUAUAAUCAUGGUUAAUUAAACCUCUGAUUUCCUGUUCUAUCAGUUGAAAAAGGAACACCUAUUCUCAAACAACUGCAUCUCAUAGUUCAAAGGGGUAAAUCUCAGCAAAUGAAGUGGAAAUUCAAUUCACGCCUAUUUUUGUGUGCUUCCUUUAUCAUUCGUAAAAACAGGCUAAAAACCUUAUUUCUUAUUUCUCUUGCUUUUAUGGUUUUCAUUUCAUUCUGUUUUAAAAGUGUGUUUUUUAAAGUAUGUUUUGAAAGGAAAUAGCUCUCUCCAGUUGUAUUUUGUUUCUUCUCAUUCACACAUCCCUGAUAAAAGAUUACCGAGUUUCUAUCUUUCUGAUUAAAUGUGUUUAAUUUGACUGCAUUAUUGUUGCAUUUGUGAGCCACUAGUGAAGCACAAAGGCAAUUUAGUUCAGGGAUGUGUUGUUGUUUUUCUGUGAACUACGGCUUUGUUCAUCUGUGGAUUUCCACUGCUUUGGAUGGAUAAUGUUAAUCAGAAGAUUCUACUUACUCUUGCUACCUUUUUUGUCUACCUUUUAUUCUAGUAAACUAAGUGGAAAUUGCAUUUGCAAGGAAGGAAAUGAAAUAAUUGCGGGGCCCAAGGUCUCCCAGAAUGCGUGAUGAAUUGACCAUGAAAAGGAUCUUGUAUCGACUGUCAUAGUUGUUAGGAGCUGUAAAAGCAUACGUGAAACUCUGUUGAUUAUGCAGCUUGCCUACUCAGCAACAACCAAAAAGGACACCUUCUUAUUUAAAAUUAUAUGCUUAAAAAGUAAAACAAGUGUCACUGGCUUUGUAGAGGCAGUGUAGUCUUGGUGUGACCUAAUCAUGCAGCCAGGAGACAAUGGCCAUUUUAUGAAACUGCUGAAUUGUGGGUCCAUUUGGCAAAGUUUACCUGGGGCAAUCUGAGCAGCCUUUCAGAAUCUACUGCUAACUAGGGGAGUACCCCUCUGUGGGGGCUACAAAGAGCAACUGCUACAGGGGCCACUUAGGUGUUGCCAGAACAAGAGGACACUGAUCAGUAUUUUUAAGAAUUGCAUAGUCUAAUUUAUAUUUAUAGAUACACAUUAGAAAUAGUCUGUUGCAGAGGUGCUAACGUUGCUGGACAGUUUCAAGACCUGAUUUGCUUUCAGCUGAAUGUCCUUAGACGGCCCCUUUAGGCUAAAGUAGCUGCCAUACAUGGGAAUUUGGGGGUUAGGGCUUGCUUUCUUGUGGAACCUUUGCCAAUUUAAACCCUCUUGGGUUUGCUCAAAUGCCUUAUAGUCACAUUAUUUUGUUUUGUACUUGGCUGCCCUGUUUAUAUAAGCAUUCCCUGCAUCUAUGUUUGCAUGAGUCACUGUUUAAAUAUUGUAGACGUGUGUAAUUGAACAAAACUCUGUGGCACUUUUUAAAGAGUGGCAAAGAGAGAUUGUUGACAUCCAUCUACCUUGCAAGAUGAUGGAUUAUGCCUCUGGGGAUGAAGUCAAACCGCUGCAUUAGCAGCACCAAAGUACCUUCCUCAGGAUGCAAGCCUGGGCAGUGUGUAUGGAAGUACUGGCCUGUCUAGUCGACAAGACCCCCUCUUGGCCUCACUGAUGUGGUCCAAAGGAAAGCAGAGGACUAUGUUUGGCACCACCUUGGCUGCAGGAGUUGCCAGAAGGAGGCAUACAAGGCGUCACCCACCCAAUCUGCAGAGCUUGUCAUUGCAAGUAGGAGAAGUCCCUCACCCACCAAGGGUUUGAGACCCAUUAGCUACUCUCACCUGGUUUAGCUGGCCAGUCGAAGCCGUUCCCAGGGUGUGGCCACUUUCACAUGCUGACAGCUUCUAGGAGCCACAGGUGAGAGCUGUGUGCAGGGUGGGGACCAAAGGUGGAAAGACUUCCCCAAAAGGAGCACAGCAUGUCCCCCACCAGAGGUACUAACACUCCCCUAAGACCCCAUACAUCCCAGGGAGAGAGAGAGAGAGAGAGCGCAACAAUGAUAUGAGUAGCAAAUAAGCACUGUAGUAGGAUGACAGAACCAUUCUGACAAAACAUGAGUCAAGCUUUGUGAUGUGAGGACGAGGGACAGAUUCCACAUUACACUUGAACACAUAGUUUGGUGUUCCAUGAUUCUUCAAAUAGCAGUGGUGUGGGGGCAGUGGCGUAGCAACAGACCAUUGUUGUUCAGUUUUUUUUAGGGUAGCCGCUGAUUUCAGGGAUGGGAAGUGUCUCUGCUGCCCUCAAGCUCCCUUGCUGACCAGAAUCCCAACGCACAGUAGCCACCGUGCCGCACUACAGACCCCCGUGGCACCCAGUGGACCCCCCCCCCCCAGCUAGCUACACUACUGUGUGAGGGUGAUCAGACUGUAGUGAGAUGGGAAAGAUUUUAUUUUCACCCUUCCUCCUUGGACUGUGAUCCUGAUAAAAAUUUGAACCAGUGGCUGUUUCCCUCCUGUACGUGUGCUUCCCUGUCUCCACAGUCCUGAUUGUUAUCAGAUUGCACUGCAGCUGCUUUUUAAAAAUAAUUUUAAUUUUUUAAAAAAAAACAACCUAUGGCCUGGUUUGAGAUAAUCAUUUCCUUGGUUUAUGAAGCUGGCCAGUUUAAACAGGCCAGGCCAUAGCAUAUAGUUUGGCUGUUAGAUAUAAACUUCAGAAGGCUUAUUUCUAAUUCAUUGUGACUAAAAUGUACAAAGGAGAAGCAAAGGCUAAAGGAACUACCAUGUUUAAUGGCAAAUUUGUGCCCACUUAUGUAUACUUAAGCCAAAGAAGAGCAGUUGGAUUAAUAUGUUACAGCAUGGAAUUGCAGCAUGGAGUUGAUUAAAGAGCAGCAUGCUAUAAUUUCAGAAAGGCUGUUGUGAAGUCAAACAACUCAUUUUAUUACUACUACUUCUGUGGAAAGGACAGUGGGUUAAAGUUGCACCAGAACAGAUUUAGCUUUCAUUGUAACAAAUAUUGUAAGAGUACUUGGUCUGUUGUCCCAACAGCUUGUGUGAUCUUCUCCUGGGUGUUUUUCCAAGAAAGACCAGAUUAGUGUUGUUGCAUGUUGCUGUCAUCAUAUUACUUUAAAGCCGGGGGGGGGUGCAUUUCAGGAAUUGUCAACUGCUUUGUAAGCAACAACAGGAAUGAACAAAUCAUGUGCCAUGUCAUUGUAUUCCUCCAACGGCCCAUUUAUUUAGUGUUCUUGCAAUUUGCUCUAUUUUCAAAAACUUGUAAUGCUUUUGCACUGAUUUUGGCGGCCUGGAAGAAACUGGUGAUUAUCCUGUUUAUUGUUAUAUUAUAAAAAGAAGGCGAAAAGAUACAGUUUGUAGUUGAAGAGAAGAGUUAAGACAUUUCCCAGUUGAUUUAUGCAUCCCAAAAUACGAACACUGCAGGUUUAGGUGCCUGCCUUAACUUUCACGCCUCAUAAGCAGCCAAACAGUCUUGCCUUAUUCCUUUUGCUUACAGCUUAACCUCUGCAAAUCCAUGGUUUCUCUUGGUCUUUUGGCCACAAUGUGUUUCCACCUACAUCCUGAGAACUUUUCCAGUAUGCUUUCAUUUAGGUUAGAGAGAAAGCUUACAUAAGUAAAUUGCAUAUUUUGAGGGGAGAACAAAGUUGAUUGAUGGAGGAUGCAAAAGAAGGAGCCAUGACUUGAGGGAGAUGGGCACUGGAACAUGUAUCUGUUUCAUAACAAAGCGACAUUCAAGUCAAUAAAGGAAGAGAUCUGUUAAAUCACACACACUAGUUUGCAACAGGUUGGCACUAUUUCAAAAUAAAUAAAUUCAAUUUUUAGAGUUUAAAAGUAAAGUCAGUCUGCUAGUCUUAUAUGUUCAGCUAUCCAAUAUCAUUUAUUUACAGUCCACUGUCCACUAACUCAAAGUCACAGAAAGUGAAAUACUUUUAAAAAGAAAGAAAGAAAUCAGAAAACAGUCACAGAUCGUCUUAGGGAGAAUUGUAUUGGCUUGAAUAGUUACUUAGUUAUUUUUUCAUUUAUACACAAGAUUGAAUUUUGCAGUUUAAGAUAAGCUUUGCAUGAGGUUUGCUGUCAGUAUUAAGAAUUUAUCAUUAAAGUCCGCUGUACAUUUGAACCCAGCUCCCAUGCUCAACCCAAGUUGCAGAGGAAGUGGUUUAGGGAUGAAAGACCAAGAGAAAAUACCAGUGGAUGGAGGUUAGGUUGUGUAUAAUACAUGAGACCUAAUCCAAUUGUUCUCUGCAAAAUUAAACACAGCAGGAGUUUCAUUUAGGCAGUUUCUUCACAGAAACUAGGUGCUAAUUUUGUUCAGUGUGGAACAGUUCCUGACAUUCCUGUGGUGUAUGUACAUGGACGGGAAAGUUGCUGUAUCUUACUCUUCCAACCUUCCCCCUACCCCCUUCCUUUUACUUAGUACGUUCUCUGCACUUAGUAAACAUUUCCAUGUAGUAGAGGACUCGGUUAACAGAAGAAGCCACAUAUUGGGUAAGGUUUAAUCUGAUGAUUUUAUGCAAUUAAAGGAUUUUCUCUUUCCCUCAGCUGUAAUCUUAGCACCACUGAAUUGUCUACUGGCACUGCAGGAAACAGCUCAGCCUUAGAGUCAACUACAAAGGUUUUCUGUGUGCAGUUUGUGCAUGGGCAAUUAAGCUUUAACAACAAAUUGGAAAGAACAACAGGAUGUGCUGGAAGUUGAGAAUCUUCUUCCUUAAAAGAUUGAUGCCUUGUGGAUGGCGAAAGAAGGGUGCAUAGAUACAUCAGAAACAUGCUUGAAAACUGAGCAGUUUCAGCAUCUUCUCACUGCUCUUUAUUGCAUGCCAUACAAUGGCUAGAAGAAAUCCUAAGAAUAUUUCCUAAAAAUGAGAUCUAGCACAAGGUCUCCAAUGUCAUGUCCCAAUUCAUAUCCACCUUUCUGUACUGCAGGAGCCCUUAGCAUUUCUGCUCAGUAUUUUCUUUAUGUAUCUAAUGUGUUGUAUAAGUACUGCUCAAUGAGAUUACUCUCGGGUAACCCAGGAGCCUGUUACUUCAAACAGUAAUACCCUGAUGGUUUGUAAUCAGUACUAAGCAUAGAACUCUAUGGGUCUGACCCAGGGGCUCUAGCUGGUGCAAAAUGUUGUGGCUAGACUGCUGGUGGGGACAGACUAUGACCAGCACAUAGCUCCAGUACUCAAAAGUCUGCACUGGUUGCCAGUAUGCUACCAGGCCAGGUUACAAGGCCAUUAACAAUUUGGGUCCAAGGUGCCUCAAGGACUUCCUGAUCCCCAGUGUCCCUGUCCAGUCAUGGAGGUCUUUUGGGGAGGAGGUCUUUGGGGGAGUCACUGAUAGUGGUCUUCCGUGGCUCAGAUGCAUGAUUUGUAUUCACCAGGAGCUAUGUGUUUUAAUAAUUCCAAAGUGACAAAUUAGUUUCUCGUUCCCUUUGUAGGAUUGGAAUUAAUGCAGUCUGGAGGCUUUACAUUCAAUGGAGAUAUCCCAUAAACUUCAGAUAGAGAACGUUGCUCUAGACUCUAGAGCAAGAUAUGACAGUGUUUCCAUUACUUCUACAAAUUAUAAAGGCCAUUUGUCAGACUGGCAUGUAUUUUGGAGAAUCGUUUCAUUUUUUUUAAGGUUUCAGUUUCAGAUUGUAGUAAAGCAAAUGCUGCAUCAAAAUCAAGAGGAUUUGAGUAUGAUGGGAUGCCACAUGGAAGGUUGUAUAAAAAUACCUAAAUAAAUCAAGUUUCAAUGGGAGAUCAAAAAAUCUAAGGCACACAUAUUCCUUAGCUUAUGCUGUUGUGUUUGCUGUUUGGAUUAAUACUUUUUGUUUGCAUGAAAAUGGUGAACAGGUGACCUAUAACCCUGACGCUCAUGCAGAGUACUGUAUUAUUACUUUUCCUUUUCACGUUUAAUGAUUUGUGUUAUCUUUUGUGAUAUAUAAGUCCUUGCACUGAGAGUGGCGGCAGGUGUUUGAAAUUCUUGACUGAUAGCAGUUAUUAUUAGAAUGUUUGUGUGAGCUUACACAAUAAAACCCCAAGCUGUUACUGUUUAUCUUGUUAAUUAUGUCUUUAGUUCUUAAUUAAAAGGUUAAUAGCAUUAGGCUGAUGUUUAAUAUCUGAACUGAGUGCUGCUGCCAUUACAUAAACGGGAAACUAUAUCCAACCUUUCUUCAAAAAAAAAUUGCUUUCUUCUUCCUGCACAACUAUUAAUUUGCAUAUUGACUUUCAGAACCGUAUUAUCAAUAGAGUAUGCACAGAGCUAGAAGUUAAGACUCUCCGUCACUUCAUAUCUGCCUUAACAAGUACUAGUUAAACACUAUGCCAUACAAACUGGUUUAUAGGUCAAAAAACGCCUGAGUGAUCCUUCAUGGCAAUACAGCGCAGACUUAUUUUUUCUCCUCCCAACUGCCUCCCCACAAAAAUAGUCUGUACAGAUAGCAUUUUUAAAAAUCAGUUUCAUUUCAGCUGAAACUUAUUCCAGAGCAGAAGAGCAAAGUUUCACCAAUACCGCUGAGAUUUUUCUGGUCCGAAGUAAGGGCUGAGUGCAAUCCCACAAUGAUCUGCUCCUGUACAAAUUGUGUUCAGAACAAUAAAGUACCACUGACAGUUACAAUAAAGCUGAGCGGAUUGUACUCUUUUAUACAGAAUUCAAAAAUCUGUUUUGCACUGUGUCGUUAAGCUGUGCCAAAUUUCAGCUCAGGAUACAGUGUGGUAAGUCAGCAGUAAACACUUGAGAGAGAUUUUAUGGUUUUUAACAAUAAUAUUGCACCGUAAAUAACAGCAGUUGUGUAAAAAGGGGACUUGGGGGCGGAGAUGCACCAAAGGAACCCUGAGCAGCAAUUUCUUAUUUUGUGCUGGUACAUAAUCACUGGGUUUUGCCAUUAAACUGUUAUAGUGACAGACUUUAAUCUCCCAUUUUUCUGUCCUCAAAGGUGAUAAAUAUGAUUGCUCUGUUAUCCUUUUUUAUUAUUGUAAAUGACACAGGCUUCACACUCUUUGGCAGUGCAUCAGCCGUUGGAUUGCUGCCAUCCACUAAUGCAGGCCCCCUGUGGAGAUCCCAAUGAAGAAUUAUACUCUGAUUCACCAGAUUGUGUUAAAUAGUCCAGCUGUUGAGAUUUUGAAAGAUGGUUACCUCUAAAGUGAUUUAUUUUUUUAAAGACCUUGGCAUUUAUGGCUUUGACCAUUUUGAUAGUGUUGGGGCAAUCAGCUUUUCAGAGGUAGCAUUUUCUAAAAUAACUCUUCUUGUUGUUUGUCACUUCCAAAGUUUCAUUCACAGUGAUGUUAAGGGGGGGGGGGCUGUUCCACUUUCAGCAAAAAACCAAAAUAAGCACCAGUCAGAAUCUGCAUAAAAUAAGACUUUGGGAUUUGAAUAAUGACCAAAUGGACUUGCCAAAUGGAUCGGCUAGAGCCAGGUUCUGAAUUAGUUAGUCUCAAGUUUGGUGUGAUUGUGGUGUAUAUAAUUUGAAGUAUGAAGAUCACAGAGGAAGAACAAGGUUUUGCUGUUCUAAAGUAGCAAUUUAUUGCUGAAGAAAUCUGGCACCUGAACAUAAAAUUCUGCAAGGAUGACAAUUUGUUUUUUCUGUGAUCUGGCUUUCUUUCUUUAAAACUGUAGGGCUUUACGGCUUUCCCGUCAAAUCAAAUACAAAACAGUUGAAAUGGCAGCAUUUCUAUUUCACCUUGCCCUUGCUGAGUUACCUUCCUUCCUGAACAAUUGCCCAAACUGCUCCAAUAAUAAUUGGGCCAAUCACAUCAAUUUCGUUCUCCCCAAAGGAUUCUUCUUGUUCUUUCCAAUACUUAUAGCUUCUUGGCAGCUACCAUAUUCUGCCCUCAAAAUAGCCAAAUAAUCUGUACUUAGUGUUUUUGAAGUUGGUAUGCAAGCCAGUUAGUAUGUUAAUGAUUUGUUCCUAUAUUUACAUGUUGCUUUGUGCUUCCAGGUCAUCAACCAACAUGGGGCUUAAAAAUAAGGCUGCUGGUACAGAAAAGGAAGCAGAAUCCAUGGUACUACUGAAUCCUGAAAAAACCAAAGAGCACACGCCUGGACAUCUGAAUCAAGACAAGGAAACAGAAGGAAAAGGUCAACAGCUUCAUAAAGAUGCUAGCGUUGGGAAAACAAAAGAGACAGACAGCUCUCAUUGCUAAUUGAUGUGCUAAAAGGCAUUAACUUCUGGAAGUUCCUUUCAGUGAGCUUCAGUUGUUUCAUUUGUGUGUACUGGGAAGGGCUUAAUUCUGUAGGGUUGUAUCCAAUUUAGUUGUACUCAGAGUAGAUCCUUUGGGUUGGAUUCAGCUAAGUUGUUGCAGUAGCAAAAACCAAUGCAAUAAGUCUCGCUAGCACAACAAGGACUUCUCCUGCUGUGUGCCCCCUGCUACCUCCCCAAAUCUGCUGAGGUCAGGAAACCCCAAGAACAGCACAAGGGGAGAUCAUUCCAUCUGGCAAGCAAAAAUGCUUGCACUGGAACAAUUUCCAUAGUGCAGCCUGGAAUUCUACACAUUGAAAUUAAUAGGUAUAAGUAACUUACGUCUAUUAAUUUCAAUGGGACUACUUGGAGUAGUGCUUAACUGAAUGCAACUCCUUCUAGUUUCUAAUCAUGUAACCAUAAUUGUUUAUUGAAAUGACCUUAAGUUAUAUACAAUUUGACUUUCUCCUGUAGCAGCAGGGAAGUUUUUACUGAAUUAUCGUAUUGGGGUUUUUUCUUAAAUUAUGCAGUACAUCAAAAUUUAUUUCGAUAUUAUUUUAUAUUGAUGCCUUGUUUAGGACUGAAAGCUCACCAAAACUGAUAGACUGAGCUUUAUUUAGGUAAUCACAGAAAUGCACUUCUACUGAUAGAUGCAGCCACAAAUCAGUUUUAGAAAAGGAAAGAUGAACAUAACUCACCUUAAUAAGAAAAGAUAUAAGUGAGCCUUUUGGCCAUCUAUGUAGUCUCUUCACACAAGCAAUCCAACCAACCAGGAAGUCUUUCCUUAAUUAACAGAUCUGGUUAACAGAUUUGGACCAAGCCAGGGUGUUGAGCCGCAUUUUGAUGUUGUUCAUUGAGGAUGUAUGUGCAGCCAAAAGGCUUGUCCCAAAUGUACUGGGGACUUCUCUGCAAGACUUAUGAAAUUUUGAGCUACCACCUGAUUAAAAGGGUCUUCAGCUACAGUCUUGUGCAUUCACCAGGCUGUAAGUCCCAUUAAAAAUAGUAGAACUGAGCACAAAUGUUUAGAACUGCACUGUUAAUUAAUUGUAUUGCUUUUAAUAGAUCACUGUUUGCAUAUAUCUGCAUAUGCCGAAGAGGCACAAUUUUUAAAAGAAAAGGUAGAUUCUCUUGGUUAUUAGGUUAUAUACAAAUAUGUUGUAGGAGAUAUCAUCAUAAAAGACACAUUCCUCCUUCUGUUUCAUGGGGAAUGCCAAUGGUGCUUUUUAAAAGUUCUGUACUAAAAUUAGUUAUUUUUUAAGCUGUUCCCUAAUUAGGGCACCAUUUUCAGUCAUUCAGCAAUGCAAUUCUGUGCAUGUCUACUCAUAAGUUUUUCCAUUGAUUCAUUGGGCUUUACUCCUAGGUAGGUGGCUACAGAAUAACAGCCUUAAAAAAAUGCACAAGAGUUUAUGCAAUUUCCAUUCGUUUCAAAGAGGCUUCUACAGGAAAAGUCCCCAAUGGAUUCAUACUCACAUAGCUAUACCUCAGUAGCCCAAACAAAUUUUAUAUAAGGACUAUUUUAUCCAUCUUACCCAUAACAGCUGUACUUAGAUACUUUUGAAAAGCAAAAACUCAGUAGUUCUGCCUUAUAACAGGAUCUUGUCAGCAGUGUCCCCUUGAGUAUUGUUUUGCUGUUGGCAGGAUCAGUCAGAGAAGUUGGCAAUAGCAAGCUGAUGCUUCCAAGGCAUGGCUUUCAAUGCCACUGAAUUCCUUAUGGAAAAAAAGUAAAUGAGACCUGUUUCCUUUAAAAUAAUCUACCUGUUCAGACAUCAUACAAUCCAUCUAGGUUUUGCACUGCUAUCUAUAUAAAUGGCUUAAUUUCUCACCUAAUUUCCUUUCAGCUGAUAUUUAAUAAAUAAUAAUAAUUUUAUUAUUUAUACCCUGCCCACCUGGCUGGGUUUCCCCAGCCACUCUUUCUUCAUGCUUCUGCAAGCUUCAUACUUAGCACCAAACCUGUCAUUAAUCCUGGUUCCAUUUUCACUGCAGAGAGAACCUGGAAUUCAUUUUUAUGCCUUAACAUAAAAUGGUCUGAUUUUGCUUGGAAGCUGCUCCACGCAGAGGGCUCUUAAUGUGUGGUGGUUCACCACGUGGACUGUAAUUUCUACAAGAACCAUCUGCCAGGGAUGUUUUGUGCCACUUUAAGACAGGCAGCAUAGUGAGCUGGCUCAUGCAAAGAACUGACCAUACGGAUGCUGUUUCAUAUGGAUGCAGUUUCAUGCAACUUCUGCUUGGUUGCCAUUUUGUUGCUUAAUUCUGUCCCCACCUGGCUUCAUCUGUCUUCCUGGAUGAAAUAAAAUAAAUACUUGCUCAGGGAGGCAGAUUAAAGCAGCACCCCAGUUCUAAAACAAGGAAGGCAAAUCUGACCUUCCACCAUGGUUUCACCAGUGGUACUCAUACUACGUAAGGCACUUUUCGGCCAUGGGCAGAAGCUGGCUAAAAUCCUGAGUGUCAUAGUUUUCACUUAUGAAUCAAAAUCAUAGUUAACAGAUGGACAUUGAACACUGUUAAGAAACCCAGAUUCAUUGCAUCUUUCAGUUCUUAUAGUUCCUAUAUCCAUAAUGUUCAAAAUCUUACUCCUAUUAUAGGUUUGUAGUUUCCUGCAUACAAAUAUUGUAGAAUUAAGUGCAUUGCAUCUACCAGAAGUAGUUUGCCAGUUAUCUUAUACCUGGAAAUGAGAGGCAAAUUGUAUUAAACAAAAGCAUCUAAAAUACAUACAGUAGCUGCUAAACUGCUCUAAACACCCAAGCAAAUAUUUUUGUCUGUACACUCAGUAAAAACAAACCAAUCAAAUCUCUGGAUAAGACAGCUGUUGUUGUCCAACUAGGCCUUGUGGCACACCAGGCAAGGUGUUAAUGGAGUUAGAUAAACUUAGGAAAACUAAAAACCUUUCUAUAGUCAGAGUAUCAUUUCACCACCCAGAAAAUUCAUGGUCCUUCCUGAGAGUUUAGACCAUGUUGUGUCUCCACACAACUUACGUUAACCAGUACUUAGCUCUCAUUAUGCAGCCAUGGCCUCUUCCCUGGAAAGCUGUGGGCAUCAUAGUAAGUGUGCCAGUUUAUGUGGCAUUUUAAAGUAGCUGCGAUCUUCACUAACACCUCUGUGCUGCAUAGGAGAAAAGUGGUGGUCAUGGUUUUGCUGCCUGUGGCAAGAGGAUAGCCUACAGUUUCUUGCAGUCUUAGCCAUGAGUGCUGCCUCAAACGUUCUGCUCUUUCAAAUAAGGGCUCAGCAUUUCUGUUGCCUGCAUGCACUUCACUGAAAUGUCUACUUCCGUGCAUGUUUCUAAUUUACUGUCAACCAUGUGCAGCUGUGACACACUUCAUCAACUUCUUUGUUUAUCAAUAACCCAGGAAGAAUGUCGUGUGUAGGCACAUCUAGAACAUGCCUCCAGCUCUCGGUGGUGCUCCUCUAAUGGGACUUUGGUUGCUAAUUGCUGAGACUUCCAUUAUUGUUUUUAUCAGCACUUUGCACAUUUUGGGUUUCUACAGCGAUCAGAAAUUAGUAUAUUUGACCAUUUUGAGGCAUCUCUUGAGGAAAGAAACCUUUCCCCAACCGUUUUUUCAACUAAACAUUCAGUCUACCAGUAUGUCAUUUCUUGAUUGUUCUGCCAGGCUGUGCAAACCCUGUGCGCAUGUUACUCACGUGUAGAGAAUGCAUGCAUAUGGACCAGAGCAUUUUUAAAAAAGCCAGCUUUAUUUUUAACAACCACACAUAAAGUGUGGUUGUUGGUAAAAGAAGGCCAACGCCCAAGCACCUCCUCAUGUGUAGGGCCUCCAUGCAGUUAGGACGCCCAAACAUCCAAGUGUCCAAAAUACACAAAGCCUUACAGACAAGGGGGCGUGUUGCUCUUCCUGUGCAGACUGUGGCUGGGGUGCUGUUUUGGGGUUUUUGUUGGGGAGAGUUGUUGCCGUGGUCCUAUUUUAGAUCCUGUGAUUUAUGUGAAAAUUGUUUGUCCUGCUUGUACAUUUUAAUAUUUUCUUUAUUGUUUAUUACUCCUUUUGUUACAUUUUUUCAUGUUGUAAGGCGCCUUGAGUAUGGUAAGAACUGUGGAAAGGCAGCAUACAAAUAAAAUUAUGUAUGUUUGUACUGACAACCUCACUCAAUGCACAGUUCUUAAAAAUGCUCUGGUCUGUACUAGAGUAUGCCUUACGCAUGAGUAACAUGUACAUGGAGCUGCAGGCAGCUGAAUCAUUUCACAAGACCAAGUCUAUAGAAAUCUUGUAUUGAGCUGACCUUCUCUUGUGGCUCCAUAUUUAAUAAAUGUAGGUAUAGUAUCUAGGAUCAAGUAUAGGUAGCAGCUUCUGUCUGUUUUAAAAGGCUUAAGAGCAGAGUACUAGAAUCUCAUAUGGAGACCACCAAAAUUCCUUUCUCCAUUAAUUCCAUUAAUUCUCCAUUAAUAAACAUUUGCAUGUGCUGUUCUGCUUAAAGAAUAUUUACUUGUAAACCAACAUGUACAUGGCCACAAAGCACCAGCCUAUAUAUCAGGCAUGUCCAACCAGUAGAUCAUGAUCUACCGGUAGAUCCCUGGCUGAUCCUGGUAGAUUGCGAGAUCAUCCCCAAAAGCUCAACAGCUCUGCAAUCCUACCCCCCAAAAAGCUCAACAACUUUGGGCAACCCACCCACCCCCUCCCACCCACCCACCCCACGCACACUCCUCCUCCCUCCAAUGACAAUGGGUAGAUCACUGGCAGGUGUUUUUUUUUAUACUAGGAGUAUAUCGCAGUCUCUUGGGAGUUGGACGUGCCUGCUAUAUAUGUUGCAGUUCUUCAGUGAAUCAGCAUCAGGCGUCUUUUAUUCUACUGUAAAAUGACACCUGAAAACAAUAACCUGUCAAAACAUCAUGGGGUGGUUGUUGUUGGUUUUUUUUUUAACUAGGUGAAAUAGCUUACAUAGCACAAUUAUGGCAUCACUCAUUUCCCAGUGAAGACAGUGACAAAUGCGUUUUUUACACAGUUUUCACGUUUCCAAAAUCAACAUACUUUUUACACUACAGUGAACAGGUGCGGUCAGGACUUUCUCCUUUAAAAAACAAAAAACACUUGAGCAAUUUAAUGUUAGUUUGAAAUUGGGUAGUAAUGUUCUUGAAUGCACUGUGAGAUUUUAACGAUAGGAGACAAUGAUCAGUAAUUAGGAUUAAAUGAUGAAUGUGUUUGGUUUGUUAGCUUGGCUUUAUAGUAGUUGUUCAAUGCUUAUCUCCUGAAAAGCAAAAUCAUUAAAAGCUAUAAUCCUUACACACUUCCCUGGGAGAAAGCCCCACUGUCCGAGUCAGGGCCAGCCCUGCCAUUAGGCACAGUGAAACAGCAGUCUCUGACAGAUUUUGGAUGCCAUGAGAGGACAGCAAAUAAUUAUUUAAUUUAUUAUUGUGUUUUUACUCCCAGGAAGAGGUGGUUGUGGGAUUUUCUGCCUCAGAUGUCAAAGUAACUUGACCAGCCUAAAGUACAUAUGCACCAUGACCAAAGGUGCACAAUUUGCUUGCACUGCCUCAGGCAGCAAAAUGUAUUGGUCGAGACCUGCCCUAAGUAGAUACAUUUAGGACUGCAUUGUUAGUGUGGUAACAGUGUGCGUAAUUUUUAUUUUUAUUUUGCAUGUUUGUUAAGCAAAUAAUGGGAUCGAUCUAAUCAGUUAACUGUUUCAUAAAUAUGGGGAAACAUGUCCAUUUGCUUUCCAUGAACUUGCCCUUCAGUAGGUUUUGUUUCCUACUAAUUGCUUUUGCACUUAGAUAUCAGUUUGAUUACAAUGAAUUUCAUAUGACAAUUUCUAAAUGUAUUUUUCCUUGAAUUCUUACAGGAGAAUAUGCAAAAAAUUGAAAAAUGUAUUUCUUUCUAGUUAAAUUAUUUGUUAUACUAUGAUAUAAAUUAUUUAUCUUUUUAAUGCUGCUUAUUAAAAAAGGUUUUUGACUUUUUUCCCAG